AUGUUCGGCACAGAGUCCUCAUGUAAGUAACAUCCUCGCCUCCUCUGCGUUUGUCCAUGUAUCUUUUUGUCUUUGUGUGUGUGUGUGUUUUGAUCAGAGGGGGAAGAGGGGAAAGGGAUACGAUUGUUUGCCUUGCUCUUGCAUCCCUCUCCUCUCCUCUCUUCUCUUCUUCCUGUUUUGCCUCCAUGGUCGCUGGUGGCAGAUUGCACGGGGGAGAAAUCUGGGAUCUACCAUUUUAGCACGGAGGGUCGGCGAUGCAAGCUAGCUGGUCACGCCGAGCUCACCGCCUGCCUCGCAUUCUCUCGCUAUUAGCCUCCUGUGCAUGUGUGCGCGUGUGUUCUUGCUUUCCUCUUCAGGAUGAUUGUGUUAUAGUAAAGAGAUGCUGCUCAGUGUGUGUUUUUUUUUGGUGCAUGUUUGUUUGUCAGAAGAUGGAUGCUUUCGCCGGUGUUUCCAGAAGCGUCAGCCUCCCCCCCUGUCUUCUUUCUUCGGCUCGGUCAGAUUGCAGCAAGGUGUGAGCGUAGUGCCUCCAUCCACUCAUGCUAGCAAAGCAAAACACACAACAUCACUAUUGUGCAGAGGCUGUAUAUGUGCGCACGUGUCCCGGGAAGAGUUGUCGUGUUGAUCGAAAUGUGGAGGCAGGUGUCUCCAGGCAGGUCCCCUUCAUGCCCUCUACCCCACCCUCCCAAGAAUCACUGUCACUCUGAUUGGUACCUUGACGCCUCCACACACUACCUGCUCCACCUUCAAGACAUUCAGUGUUCAUCUGAUUGAUCAUUUGGACCCAAAAGUAACUUCUUUCUUCUACAUCCGAUCACAUCUGGCAUGCACAGUGUGUCUAAGUGUGUGUGUGUGUUCCAGUGAUGAGAAGCUGUCAUGCAGCACUUCUCUCAGAACUAAUCUCACUUUAAUGAAAUGUACAGCUGAGCGGGUACAGAUCCAGGAGUGUCCUGGAGGUUCUUCAGCCGGCUCUAGAUCAUAUCUAACAUCUAAGUGAAGCCCGGCUCGUGAGGUUGUCCCGUCCUUUGUCAUGUGAGAAGCUGAAUUCUUGCCAAAAAUUGAAGGUUGUUUCAGGGUCACAGAUAAUGCCUUCACUUUGUCAGUUUGACAGCAGCUUGUCCUCCAUGUCCGGCUGUCUGGGAUUGAUUUUUAACUCUGAAGGGGUCCCUGUGGUCUGUUUUUUAUUUAAACUAUUAUAGAUAGAUGUUUCUUUUACAACAAAUUCUUCUUGCAGAGUUUUAUGGUUGAAGUAAUCAACCAUUUCUCAGUAAUCAAGUGAAAGAGAGCUGAACCUUUUAAAAUAUCUGAACAUGCUGAUUAAGUCAAUGUGUUUUUGGAUGUCAAAAAACUACAUUUGUGAGGUAUUUAGCUGACAGCCUUGUAUUAUCCAGUCAGUUGAUUUUUAACCAGUCUUAAAUGUUAAAGCGUGGCUCUAUAGUUCUCAAUUUCUUCAUGUUUGCAGUAGGGCUGGGCGAUAUGGCCUCAAAUCAAUAUCACGACAUAUUGAGCAGUUCACCUUGAUAAAGAUUUAUAGAGAAUAACUUCGUCUACUUCAGCUGUUACAACUUUUGAACCGUCCUCCGUCUCCUCACCUGUCUUUCCCUCUUUGUUACGGACUGGAUGGGGUGGAGUCACGUCUCUGAUGUAGGACAGCGUCUUAAAGGGACAUGAGACCAUAGCCUACCUACACACAUCUAAAACCAACUUUUAUUUAUUUUUUUCACACUGAAUAUAUUGACAUGGGCAAAAUGACGUCAGUUGUUGUCGUAAAUUUUGGUGUCUGUAAUUUUUCAGUUGAUCACCCAGCCCUAGUUUUUUUGCUGUAGGGAUGUUGUGCCGUUCUUCAGUUAUCAAAUCAGAGAUAGCUGGUUUAAGUGUGUUAAAAUAUCUGAACAUGCUGAUAUAUCAAUGUGUUCUUGGAUGUUAAAAACUACAUUGUGAGGUAUUUAGCUGACAGCCUUGAAUCUUCCAUUCAGCUGAUUUUUAACCAGCCAUAAAUGUUGGAGCGUGGCUCUAUAGUUCUCAAUUUUUUCAUGUGUGCAAUUUAUUGCUUCAAGAAAAGCCUAAAUGUGCAAUUUUCAAGUCAUUAUUUUACUGGAUAAGAAAGCUGAAUAGAAACAAAAGUAGGGAGAGGGGAGUGAAUAUAGAGUUGACAAAAAACAGCAGCUACAGCAAAAAGAUUUUGAAAAAAUUCUAUGAAUCAGUUUUAAUCGCUAAUUAAAAAUUGAGAUAUUAACUCUGACAGAAACUGUAUUCAAUGCAUUUGCCCACUGGUGCGUAAUGCAUGUAAUUUUGGGUUUUGCAUAGCUACAGAACAUAAAGAGUCGUCCAAGCAGACUCAUAAACUAAUCUCUGCUCUGUGGAAAUAAAGUCAUGCAGAGUGAGGCUCCAACUACUGAAUGUUGAACUGCUGCAACUUGAGAACUCAAAGGAGAAAAAAAGGGAGAGAGAAAUAUUUCAGACUCCAGUUUUCUGCCGACAUGUUCUUCAUGAGAAAAGUUAGCUAGUCCAUUCAGUCAGGAGUUAGUGGAGAGUGCAGCUGGUUCACAGUCGGUCCAGCAGCAGAAAACACAUGCUCAGGCUCUGAUGUUGCUGGUAUGCACAGACACUGCUGUGCCAGCUUUGCCAUCCAGGGAAAUGUCUCUGCGUUGAUUUUCCACCAGUUGGUCAGCUGCAAAAGUUCCCAACCUCCAUGUCCGUGUCCAUCCUGUGGUGUACUGCACCCCAGAAGAAGACUAUAAAUAAAGCAUGGAGAGGUCUUUACGGGGCACAGCAUCUUUAACAUGCUUUGACUCAAAAGCCCACUCGGAUAACUGAGACCACACUUUGUUGAUCUUGUUCUUGAACCACUUCUGGCACCCCCUGAAAGUGAAAUAUUUGUAAUGCAUAGAUAUGAGGUAGUGCUGCAACACCAUGGUCGCAGUGUACACAACGCACCAACACUAAUAGGUGUAAAUUUGUGUGUAAGAGUACACAAUUUGUCUUUAAAGUUCCACUCCGAGCGUUUUUUUUUACUACCUUAAGUUUUCUCAGUGGUCUUUAGAUUGUGAUUAUUAAGUUUUUAACCAAAAUCAUGUUACCUGUGUCAUUUUCAAGGGCUUUUCUCCUGCAGAGCUCCAGUAGCUCAUUAGCAAUUCACCUCUGAGUCAUGGGCGGAGACAGCGCUGCUCUGCACACUCCUCUUAAUGCUAGCUUGUUGUAGCCUAACAUUCCCGUUGUAGUAGAAGUGGCAGGUAACAUUGGAGCUAUUCAGCUCUUAGACAUUAAUAUCUUUAGGGGCAUGAUGAAAGCUAAUAUCAUAAUUAGCGUUCUUACAAGCAUUGCAAUCCGCCAACUUACAUGCUUGUUCCGCAAGCAUCCUCUCUGGUUUUCCGAGUCUGACCUGCAUAGCGGGGCUCUGGGGGCGGAGUUUGGAUUUGUGACAUAGGAAAUCUCACUGUGUCUGAGCCUGCCGUUUGGGUCUGUCAGAGAUUCACAGUGAUUUAAAUGAAGAAAUACUCAGAAAUGCAAUUUCGCACCUACUUUUCCCCUGAUAUGUCCUGUCGCAUCAGAAAAAUACCAUAUGAACAUGUAGAAAACAAGAAAAACAUUAUUUUCAUCGGGGUGGGUCUUUAAGUUAGCUUGACAACGAAUCCAAAAUGUACAGCUUUGCCUCUUACAAUCCUGCACUGAAAAUCAACUCGACAAGUGCGUUGUGUUACUCCUUCUUCUGAGAAUUAGACAGUAGACACAUAAAAUUAGGCCAAAUCAUAAAUGCCCAUCAGACUCCUUAGGCUCUGGCCAUAAACUCACCAGCAUUUGUUCAAACACUCCGAGGUUAGUCGAACCCCUUUCACGGGCGAUUUCAUUAGAAUUGCUUUGGUGGGUAACAGCCUCGGUCCAAGUUUAUUUCCAGGCUGUAAACACUGCAUCAGCAAACUCCGGGCUGGAAAAUAAACUUGAGCACUAAAAAAAGUUUGAGACUAUGAAGUCGUCUCCAGGAGAAGAGCCUGUGUUAAAGACCCUCCUGAUCCCCCUGUCUUUAUGUGGACAGUCUAGACCGUCUCCAUAAAGACUGUCAUUAAAUACAAAGUGUACAUUAUGAGCUUACGAUCUUUAAUAUGUGGAAGUGCAGCUCUCUCAGAAUAUAUUUGUUUGGCUGGAGUAGAAAAAUGUUGGUCAGUUUGUCCAUAAGCCUGAGCUGAUGUCAUCAUAUAUAGGGCUGGGUGAUAAACUAAAAAUUUACCAAUACUGAAAUUUUGAAAUUUACAACAAUAACCUUUUUCAUUUUGCCCAUAUUGAUACAUUCGGUGUCAAAAAAAAAAAAAAAAAAAUUGGUUUUGGAUGUGUGCAGGUAGCCUAUGGUCUCAUGUCCCUUUAAGACGUUGUCCUACAUCAGAGACGUGACUCCACCCUAUCCAGUCUGUACAAAGAGGGAAAGACCGGUGAGAAGGAGGACGGUGAAGUAGACAAAGUUAAUGUGGGAGGGGGUGAGUAGCUUGUGAAGUAAUUAUCGUCUAUUAAUCGUUAUCGAGGUGAACUGCUCAAUAUGUCGUGAUAUGGAUUUAAGGCCAUAUUGCCCAGCCCUAAUCAUAUGGCUUGUUUUUUCUACAACCCUUGAAUAUUCACUCAGAGGACCAGCAGACAGUUGUUUUCCCUAAUCUCAUGCAAACUUCCACUUGAUCUUAUCUAUUAUUCUUUUACAACACAAUGAUGAAGUGUUGCAGCAGUUAAAAACAUCAUGUUUUGAUGUCUUUAUAAUCACAUUGGCACGUCGCGGCAUCUUCUGGACUCUCCCCUAAAAUCGCCAUAACCCUUUAACAGUCGACUAUGAAUCACUGCGGUGGACCCUGAACCUGUACCUCAGUUGUGUAAAGGCCUACUCCAAAACUUGGCAAGGUUUGACGGCGAGCUGAAUGUAAAAAGCUUUUAACUUUUGGCUUAUAUCAAAGUUCCCUUAAGUAACUUUAAUCACAUUUAUGUUGAGACAUUAGCGUAAUUGCGUUGGUCCAUCUAUUGCCAAACUGUCACAGGAGGAAAAGAGGAAAGAAAAGAAAAAAACAGCAGCCUUUAUCAACCUCUCCAGCAUUUCACACUGAGGUCAGUGAUCAGGUUUGGUGGGAGAUGAGCCAGAUUUCUGUUUGGCACAAAGGACUUUUGGCUUUUUUUCUAAUGAAGGCAGAUGGCAGGAGAGGAAAAUGCAGAGGAAAGACCCUCAAACAUGAUCAUCCUCAAGACAAGAGAAAUGCAAAUAAUCAUUUCAGACACUGUAAGGAAAAAGUGUAAUUAUGCAGUUAUUAUAAAUACACCAUCAUAAGGUUAAUAAUUGAUAUACCACCAUGGUUAAUUUAUUAAUACCCACCAUGUGGUAUAUUAUUAAAAGUUCAUGCAUGCAUGAUCCAGAAUGGGGACUCCGUUUGUCUGUCUUUUCAAACAUACCUCUGUCCAACACUCUGUAUUCAUGUGCAGCUCAAGUGUUCAUAAAGAUGACUGAGGUGGCGUUUGUGGAAAUUUUGCAGCCUUUGCUUUAGUUGAACUUGCACAGCCCUUUAUUUUGCAUAUCCAUCUGUGUUUCACUAACACCAGUGUGAGCAGAAACAUCAUCCACUUCCCACGAUCCUGGGUAAAUGCACGCACAUAUGCAGAGCUCUUUUAAAGACAUUUGACCUCAUCAGAUGUCACCUCCCUGCCCCCCAUCUCUCACUCCAGCUAACCAACCUCAGCACAGGUUUGGAUAAAUGGAGUCCGCAUGCUAUCGUGCUUUCUCUCUCCUCUAACCUGUGUGUUCAAAUUGGUUUUCGUGGAAAAAGGAUGAUUCUUUAGCCCUGCACUAAGUCUGCACUCAAUCCAAAUGGAAGCCAGUACUCGCAGUUUUCCAUGUGCUACAAGAUCUGGGUCCUGCCUGAAGGGCUAUCGAUUUCUUCUUUUAAAGUCAUUUAAACUUUAUCAUUAGAAGGCAGCCAGUAGUGACAGAAAGAGGAGAGGGCGGAAGUGAAAAACUUAUUGCAAAAACUUCAGGUCGGUUUCAAUCCAGGGGCUCGUAGUUAAAUUAAACCCACCUCAGCCCACUCAAUCAGUGCUGCAGCCUCGUGGUUAUUGAUCGUCUGAUGUCAAGUUGUCUUAGCGAUCUUAUUGUCAUUGAUGUGGAGUGAAGGGGCCAACGGUAACACAGCUCUCUCUUUCUUAGUGUAGUAAAAGAGGAAAUAUAGGUUCACUUAGGAGCUUUUUAUGUGUGUCCAUUCAGUUCAAGGUGUUAGCAGUAAAAAGAUGAGAAACAUACAAAAACCUUUCAUCUGGGGUAAAUGUAAAUUUGAGGUAAGGUAAGGUAAGGUAGACUUUAUUGAUCCUGCAAGGGGGAAACAAUUUCACCACCAGGACAAGAAGACUCAUCCAGACGACAAACAGCAUGGAGACAUCAGAAAAACAUAGACUCAACACCAGAUACACAACAAACACAGUACAGGCCAAUGAAACGUGAUUUAAAAGUGGUACAAUAAAAGAUAAGGACAUGAUUAAAUACAACAAAAGCCUGAUAAAGAUGAAUAAAUACUAAAAUAAAUUAGAAGUCAGAAGUUAAUUUAUUAACUGCAGCCUUUAAUUGAGAAUAUCUGCAAAUCCAUCAGAUUAAAUGUUGGUCCUUUAAACCUCUUAGUGACCUUGUGCUACCCUUAGACCUUGUUUACACGUGCGUAUGUGCAUAGUCAGAAUAACAUUUUCACAAUUUCUUCAACUACAAAUUUAUGCUGUUGCCCCCACUCUCUUGCCACUUAAGGAGCUACGCUGUUACGUUCACAUUACAUUGCGCACUACUCGCUAUAGACUGUGUAUAAACUUAAACGUUACCCUUCACAUUAAUGGAAGCAGGUCUGAAAGGAAAUUGAUGCGCUUGUUGAUGACUCAAAACAAGUCGAAAAUAACGACACGUGUUGUUGUGCUCACACAGUGCGAGUAGAAACCAUUAGUGGCGCAUUGAUAUUGAUGCUAUUAAUGCUAUUAAUGCUACUCGCUAUAUAGAUCGUGCAUAGGCUUAAACGUUACCUUUCACAUUGAUGGAAGAUGGUCCGACAGGAUUUGAUGCGCUCGUUGAUGACUCAAAAGAAGUCGAAAAUAACGUUGUGUGUUGUGCUCACACAGUGCGCAAUAGUGGCGCAUUGAAAUGAUCAUGUGAAAUUUCAGAAGCGGCGCACGUAAUUCAGCUGAAUGAAAGCAGGGGAAACACUAGGUUUUGUCGAAUUAUGUCAUGCUCACGGAAACGUAGGCUUCUCCAGCUAUCCCGAAGUAUAAACAGAUUAUACUCUCCAAGUAUUGUUGAAACUUUGUCCUUUCUGUUGGGGUUUUUAUUGGACAAGCUCAUUGUGCGAGACAGAGUGUACAGUGAGUAUUUUAAGGCCUGCACCCCUCCAGCAUGGACACAGCAGUAAAAAGAUGACAAGAAAGCUGCAAGGACUGCCAACAGCAAGAGACAUUCACGUUAACAACGGGCCGAGCUGGCCUGGCUGGAGUGGAGUAGAUAUUAAUGCGUGAGUUACAGUUUGGGGGCUCCUGUCCUGCUGUAAAGCUCGGCUCCACUGUCUCGCUCACCUUUAACGCUCCUCUAAAAACGUACGGCUGUUGACCACUUCUCUCUCCGAGCUUCAAAGAUAAUGAGCUGUUGUCCUUCUGAUUUUAUUAGUCCAUGUAAAUCUGAUCACGCUGUAUUGACCUCCAUAUCAGUUUGCGUGACUCCCUGUGUGAUUACAGUUCCUGUCCUGAGCGGGAUUAUAUCAGUUACAUCAUGUUAAACCGUUAUUUUCUGAUCAUCUGGUGGGCGCAUGAUUGCAGCUCCUCUUAAUGAUCCGUCGUACGCGUAGUUACAUGUGCGAUGCCACACAGUUUCAUAACUGACGAGGCUUUUUGACAGUCUGCUGGGAUGUUCUCAGCCUGAAAUAGACUGAUGCCCGUCGCUGAUGGGAGAAACCCGAACACAGCACUAUCUGUGGACCAGGAUAUUCCUGUGUAAGAUUAUUAUUAGAUCAGUAACAGUAAGCUCAUUGAUGGGGAUGAGCUGAGAGAAAUGUUAUUGGCCAGUGGAGGCCUGCUCUGAUAAUGGGAGGAUGCUGACGGCUUAGAAAACAGAAGAUUUGAGCCUUUUAGUACAUCACUCACACCUGGAUGCCCUUGCCAUCUGGUUCUGAAGAAGUCUCUGACCCCUGCUUCUUAUUUGAAAUAAAGAGGACGAUAGAAAAUGUAGAAAGUGAAUUUUUUUUAUCAACCUAACAGGGGGUAUGUCUUUUUUAAGCUGGACAAUAGUUUGUUCACCGGCUGAUAAGAUCACAUUAUGUUUCAAAAGCAGCGAUAAGCCACUAAUGGGUCUGAACUGUUGUGUGAGGGAUCCCGGGGUGGGCUCUGUUUUAUUUGUUUGUGGCACUGUGAGCGCCCACGGGCCCAAUAAGCUCACAUACACAAAAAAAAGGAGUGUUUUAUGAAAGACAAACAGCGCUCCGACUAGCAAGCGGCGUGUCUCUGUUGCCAUGGUAACACCCCGUAAGAUCGGCAAAGCGGCAGAGUGAUCAGGUUUCUGUGGUAACUGCUGACUUCUGCUAUUUUUGUCUCAUGAGCUCAUUUAAUGGCCGAGUGUCAAGCGAGCCCAAAAAGCGGUCUUUUUUGAGAUCGAGGACUCGCAGUGAGAGGCAGAAACCAGUACAGCCUCAGACAUCAUGACCUGUGACACUGAACCCUCGCCAAGCAGAUGCAAGAGAAGGAGAAAUCUCUCCAUCUGUGAUUAAUUUGGUGUAAAACUGCAGAUUUCUAAAGCCUCAGAAAUCUGCAGUGGAAAUGGUCUGCCUGUGUUUUUUUCUCUGCUGAUUGUGAUGUGAGAUCUCGAAGUAUCUUUGCUGUAAAACCCAAAGAUGACGUGGACUAUCAGGUGAUUCUCCAGCUAUCGUAUUUUUGUCCUUCAGAUGAAUUAAAACACGAUUAUUGAACAGUUCACCUUGGCCAAAUUGCCAGCUGCCUUCCAGAGGUGGGCAGUGAUCCACUUUCAGUCCCGUCACCGGUGUCACGUUCUGCCACAACAUGGUUUUCGCUGGUUCGAACCUGCUCUGGUUUUCUGGCUGCAUUUUUGUUUUAGAGAUUGACUUCUCCCGGUGCAGAUGCAGCCAUGGUGUCAAAGUAGGUGCCAAUGUUUGCUCAGAAAGUGAAUCCUGGAUCCUGGCUCAGGGAUCAGGUAACCUUGAGCUCCGUUCUCUCCAAGUUUGAUGCUGCAGGGAUUUGUCUCCCUUUUAUAAAGUCUACCUGCCUGAAAGUUGUCUGAAGGUUGGCAGUGAUUGGAAGAAGCAGUGUAAUUAUUCAACCAUCAACACCUGAACAUCAGCUACCUGUCAGUAACAUUACUGCUCAUUGGGGCUGUACAAUUGAUUGAUUUCAAAUCGUCAUCAGAUUGUUUGAUUAGGACGAUGUUAAAAAAAUUAAAAGUGUUGAAUCGAUUUUCCUCUCUAUCAUGUCUCACGCCUCCAAGCCACCGUAGGCCCCGAAAAUCGGGAUUUUAUUUUUGGCCAAAAUCGUGAAGCCCUAUGUCUUUUAAUGAGACCCACAAAAACGAUACCCCUACUCACUUGCAAAGAAAGAACAAACCUGUUUAUCCGUUUACCCUCUUUGGCAGACCAACCACUGCAGAGUAAUGGAAAAUGCUUCACUAAUAAUGUGCUGCUUUAGCUUUUUCAUGACAGAACUGACACUUGGUUUUGUUCCUCGCCAUCACAGAGAGUACAGUGGAUUUUUCCUCAAUGCUUAGUCACAACUGUGCCAACCUUUUGGCACUGGAAAUGAACUUUUCUGACAUUUUAAACUGAAAAUCUGUGAGAUUACGGCCGAAAACUACAAAAACCUUAAGAAGGUAAUGCUUGAAAUAACAACCCUAAUCUCCGGAAAAGUGCUUUAUGAAUGGAUUAUUCCUACCAGAAGACAAGACCUCGACUCUUUAAUAGAAAGACCUGGAAACAUUUCUACAUCAUCAUGUUACUGGCAUCCAGAAUCUCCUUAUAUGGAUCUCAGACUGGUUGUGAAACUACUUAGCAAACAGGAACAGCUCCCAGGCCAUUUGCCGCUGCCAUCCAUAACUUCAGCAGCCGUCAGCUCAUGCCAACAGUAACAGAGCCGAGACUUUUGAGUUUAAUGAUCUUAGACUUGGCUAGAACCAGGGGAGGUGAGGUCAUUCAGUCUCAGCACGCCGACACCACUCGCUUUAGGUGUUGUUGUGUGUGUUUAAGAGGUCCUGGAUAGUUUUUCUGUAGCCUAGCACCAAGUUUGACACACUCAGUUUUGUGUUGACGUGCUUUCUAGGUAAACGUUUUGUACUAAAAUGUUCAAAUUUCAGAAUUUAAAGCAUUUUAUGUUUAAAUACCAUAAUUGUAGAUCUCUGACAUUGCUCCCUAAAAGUUAAAGUUGUGCUCUAAUCCUUGUUGCAGGGCUGUACAGUGUGAGAACUGAAUGGCAUUGGACUCUAAAAAUAGAUUAGUAUGAGCCAGAAAAAUGAUCUAAGAGUGCAGACUCCCUUAGUGCCUUUUUUUAACCCCUGCUGAUGAGCAUCAAAAAACUGCAAGACCCACAUACUCGAAUAUGUUGAUGUCUGUAGAUGUGGCUUUGAGGAUGCAACAGGUGUAACAGGUCGAAAUAGCACAGACAUCAAGAGAAAAAUUGAAGUGGUUUAAGCUUCUGUAACCCUAACAUAAACAAACCUUUUGGCUAUCAGCUGGGUGCAGGAGACGCUGGACAUUUUUAAACUGUGAGAGUAUUUUCUAGUUUAACACAUUUGCAUUUAAUGAAUUGGAAACAGGACAGCUACCAGUGUUUACACAAGUGAAGGCACAGCUCUUGAAUCAUGGAUGAGGGUAUUAUUAAAGUCUCUGUGCCACCAGCUCUGAAAUCAAACCACAUUUUCUGAAACUUUAUUCCUGUCAAAGGGAUAUUCCGGCACAAGUUGCAGGCAAAGCUAAAUAGAUGUUUGAUGGCUUGUACUAUGGCUGGGACCCUAUAUGUACUGUUGAUGAAGUUAGGUGCUGUUCUGAGCAUUAUUUGUGGCUAUAGAGUGGCAUUUUGGUUGAGGUUGGCACGUGGAGACGUAGACAGCUGUGUGUUGCUAUCUUGCUGUCGUUACUAAAGUUGGUGUAACCAGAGAAGCAAGCUGUUGGCAACAUCCAUCUCUUGAGGGGGUGUCUAACUCAGUGUUAGACUGUGUUUAACCAUGACUGAAAUCUACGCCGGAAUAUCCCUUUAAUUGGGCUGAUUUCGCACUGGAGUCCUCCCUUCUGACCAAGGUCAGCAGACGCCCCAGUAUCAGAUGGUUUCAAAGAUUAUCUUCCCAGAUUAUCCUGAGGUGUGAGGUGUGAAGAGGGAUUUUUCUUCCCUCUGAUCUGCGCAGAAGACGAUCAGGCUUCCUCAACUUGAAAUCGUGACCAUCAAACAGAAAUCCUUGACGGGACGGCCGAUCAUGCAGACAACUUAACAGCCAAUCAGGAAGCAGGCUGACUGAAGAAGCCAUAAUUGCAAAGGCUGUGUCCGAAAUGGAUCCAUAACCCCUAUGUAGGCGACUAUAUGGGGGUUAGUGCCAUUUUGAGGGGUGUCCAAAACCUGAGUGAUCAAUUCCAGUGCCCCAUAUAGGCGACUCAAAAUUUCUCAUAGAGCAUUGCAAAAUGUUGUGACCAUCCGAUGGUCACUCACCGGUGGUGGGCGUCCGUCAUGCAUUGCGUCUCCAGUUGCAGUCUAAGCAGUGACGUCACAACGGUGCGCCAUGUAGUGUCCGAAACCUCCGGUGAUUGAGCUCACUACAUAGUCAGCUAUAUAGGGAAACCCCAUAUGUGGGUUAGGGGUUAGGGAUUGAGUGAUUCAUUCCGGACACAGUCAAAAACAGCUGUUGCAACAAAAUUAAACAUGAAGCAUGGCGAAGAUUGAUACAUGAUGACAACCCAAGUGCUUACGCAGAGUUCAUUACUGAAAUGACAAGGAGAGGCGUUGAAGGAAAUUGCUUCUUCAGUGAGAGUCCCAGAAGGCUAAGUAAAAGGCCAAACUGCACCAUCAAUAACAGAUAAAGGAAUUUGGCGCCAUUAACCACACGAACCAUCGAAGUGAAGUGGACUGGUGUUGACGAUCAAACCCUCUGCUGUGGACGGGCGAGCUGAGAAAUGUAAACGCGGCUGUUCUUGGCAUUACUCCCUCAGUCAUAAUCAUCGUGUGUGCUUGGCGACUGAUGAAAAAGGGAUAAUACGGUGCGGGGUAGUUUGCAAAAUGAGUUUGAAUGUGAUUAACACCCUCUAUGGUAUGGACAGAGAGGAAUUUGGCUCUAGUGCUGUUUGAUUUUGGAUUUAAGAGGCUGGGGCUUCAUGAAAAGGGGACCUGCGGUUUAAAAAUCCCGAUAUCUGAUAUGUCUCUAUUGUUUGAUUUAGCCAAGUUUAGAGGAAUGAAAGAUUAUGAAGAGUCUUGUUUUUACUCUUCCUUUCAGGGUGUCUUCAUGUUGCUGUUUGCGUCCUCCAUGUUAACGUAGCAGCUGCACGACUGCCUGUUUUAUUCCUUGCGCAGCUGUAAUGGUGAACACCUGCGUUUAAGCACCCUUGAGUCGCACUCACUGUGAUAAUUCUACACUUAAAAACCCAGUAAUCAUUACUAGUGUCAGUGUAUUUAUCAUUUCUCGGCUUUUUGUCUUCUAUAAACACUUUACCCUCCCCUGUAAUCCUUAAAUAUCCUGUAAAUUGAGGUUAAAUUUGAAUUGACAUCUUCCGAUGAAUGGUAUUUACGUUUCCGAUGCCUGUCAGCGAGGGCACGCAUCAUUCCUCUCGGUUGAUCUUCAAGGAAGUGCAGUGAUAAUUAAAUCGCUCCAGUGGCGUCUCGUGGAAAGAAAUCGCCGCAUUUGUCAUCAUCAUGUUCAAAGGCUAACAAAGAACUGAAGCUAACCUUGUCAGGCAUUUAAUUUCGCUGGGCUUUCCUCCAUCCUCCUCCGUCUGUAGUAUCUCAGCAAACUGAACAGAGGCAGAAAGAGAGGCAAAGAAAGACAGAAGAGCCACAUAGUCCUGGGAUCGAGUGGAGGGAAAUACUCGAUAUGCUGAAAUUAAACUUUGGACUCGGCACCCUCUCUAGAGACCAUCACUGAGGGGCUCCUAAGCAAAGCACUUGAGCCCCAAUUACUCCAUUAACCCUCACAACCCUGCAGUUUAAAUAGCCCUCUAGUGUCUGCAUAGAUAUCAUGGCUUUUUGUGAUCCCAUAUCUUGACUGAAUAAAACAUGAUUUACCACAGCAUCUUAACUUUAGAAUCGAUGGAAAAAACUGAGAAUGUAAAACGUGUUUUAACAAGAAAAACCUUAUUUAAAAAAACACUGAAUGUGGGAGCAUGAACAGAGUCUUUCUCAAGUUAUUUGGGCGUAGUGUCGUUUUUUCACAGUCUGAAGAUAUGCAGAUUUUUGAGCACAGUGCACAGACAUUAUGUGAGUUUCAUCUGCUAUAGAAGUACGAUGUCUGUACCAGUAUUUUGCCUCAUUUACAUUUAACAUCAGGGCAUUUCUUAAAAAACUGAUUUGUAUUUAGAGAAUCUGUGUAGCUGGUUGUAAAUGCUUACUGUGGUUACUUUGGCCUGACUCCCACUUUUACAGUAUUUCCCAUUAGUAGUGUGACAAAAUAUUAAUUGGCGGACUAUUGUGAUAUUUAACUUAACGAUUGAUUAUCGAUGCACGCUUGCCGCAUAUUCAUUUUUUUGUGUCAUCACUAAACUAUAUCUGCUAUACACUUCUUUCAUCACUCUUCCUUAGUGACUCGGGUCACCAUUUUAUACGCAACCAGGGGGUGUUUCUCUGGCGAGUAAGUAUCGGGCCGAAGCCACAAAAGAAGAAAAAACAAACAACAGAGCAAAUAUGGCCGUGGCGAAGUUAGACCAGCAUUGUUUAGGUCAAGAGUAUGGACACACUUUGGCUUUUAAAGUGUGGAUGGGACUAAGCUGGAAAAGGACUUUGCAGUAUGUAAUAAGAGUCUCUUGCAAAUUUGCAACAUAGGCGGUACAGUCAACACUGCACUGUGGUUAAUUUAUGCUGCAAUAUAUGAACUAUGAAAUUUAUUCUUUCACGCUUAUAAAUGCACAGAUAUAUCAUAGGUUACCAGGAGCAAUGUAUCGAUAAUUGCGGUAUCACCAUAUCGAGAUAUUAUCGCUAUCAUGAGCCAUGUAUCAGCUAUCGUAUCGUAUCGUAUCGUAUCGUAUCGUAUCGUAUCGUGAGGUACCCUGAGAUUCUCAGCCCUAUUUUCCAACAUGUGAGUCGCAGCAGUGUCUGCAUAUUGAUGUUUGUUUUCUCCUUUCUGGGAAUUCAAAUGCUUUCAUACAUCAGAAUUAAAAACUGCUGGAGCAUCCACAGUUUUAAAACCCACUUCUAUUCCUCACAACUGUUGUUUGUCAUUUCGGCUGAGGCAGCAAGCAGAGGGCAAAGAACGAUGGUCGCUGUAGUUCCCAUUUUGCUCUGCUCCACUAAAGCUGGAACAAACCUACACUUUUUUUGCCAGAAAGACUCUGUCAUUUUGUACCAUGACAGGUCCGUAAUAAUUUUGAGAGGCUUUUGCUCUCGCAGCGCCAUGAAAGUGACCGUGCUGUUACAUCCCUGUCAAAUAAAAAUCAAAUUUAAACAGCAAACAUGACGACUUACCAACACAAAAGAAGGCAGUGAGUUUUAGUUUUAUUUAGAUCAGUUUGAACAAGCUUAAGCAAACACUGAUAUCUGUUUUUCAGGGUUAAAUAUGGUCACUGGUGGUCAUUUGGUGCCAGUAAGGCACGUGAGGAGAGAGGAAGCCUGUGACUUUAGGGUCAUUUGGGUUGUGCUGUAAAAGUGCAACCCUGCAACCUUUAAAAAUCGAAUCUCAGAGUUUGGCAUGACAUCAAAUCUGAGUUAACUGUGAUUUGGUAACAUCUCUGGAAAUAGCGAUCUGCUAGAUGAAACAGGUAUUUUUUAUAAAACAAACAUUGAGUUUGAGCUUAUAUACAGCCUGUUUUGUUUCAUAUUUUUCACAUAUAGUACCAGCAUUAUUGAACAAUAUUAUCAUUUAUGCAUUUUUUAUCAUAUCUCAUCCUGCAGGUCUAUUUCUUCUCAACGCCCUUUGAAUAAAUUAAGAAAUACAUCCAUAUAUGAUCAUACCAAGAUAAUAGACUGAAGGACUAUUCAGUGAUCUGCACUGACAAAGCUCCUUCAUCUGAUCUGCUGUAGGGUCAUUUAAGGGUUGUCAUGGUUACCCCUGCAGGGACAGACUAAGGAGCACCUGCCCCCGCCCCCUUUCAUUAAAAUCCAUGUUAUUGAUUGGCUGCACUCAUAUCUACAGACCCCGCACCCCCCACUUGACUUAUUCUGCUGGGUUACAGACGAGAGGGCACGACAGAGCCGGCUCACGAUUGCGCGGGUUCUUCUGUCACUCACAGACCGCAGCCAAUCAGGGAAAAACCAGGCUGACCAGGGGCCCCUCCACGAGUUUAUACGCUCUUUGAAAGCAUCUAUCAGCCAGUGGAGGAUUAUAAUCCAGACCAGCUUUCUCUUCCAGUGUGUCCUUGCUGAAGAUCUUCUUAUUCCAGGAGCCUCAGUAGUGUUUGUGUCUCCUCCAGUGGUUGUUGUGUUAUUGGGAUGGAAGGUGAGUGGAGUGGUUGUGUCGCUUCAUUUGCCUCGCCGCUGUGUGUAGCCAGGAAAUCUACGGUAGCUGUGUCUCUGAUCCGUCCCUUGUAAAUGGCCUUUGUAUUGAGUACAGCAGGUGGCCCUGUACAUUUUGUAUUGAUAUUCAUGAAGUGGACGGUUUGCUCAGCGCGUGGGCGAAGGCCUGCUGGCUCUAUGUGUGUGUGUGUGUGUGUGUGUGUUUCUGCUUUCUUCUGUGUAUCAGUGUGUGAGGCAGAUAUCUGUGUUUACAUACUGGCUUGUUGAGCAGAGCUAGAUUAGGCCUGAGGUAGGAGGAGGGAGCAUCAUUCAAUCUCUGUGUUUACUUUCCAAUGAUGUCCCAAAUAUUUGUUUUCUUCUUCGUUUACUUUCUUCUCUUAGAAAAAAAUAAUUAAAAAUAAAAAGCCUGUCUGACAGACUGUAUAAGCUGUCGCAGCCUCCCGCACAACAUCUUAGUUAGCGCUUGAAAGAAAAACAGCCAGAGAGCCGAUUUAUCCAUCAGCAAAGACAAUGAAUGAACCGAGUGUCUCUGCUUCUGUCUGUUUACCUUUUCCAUCCUUCUGUUGACAUAAAGGGACAGCGACGAUAACGGCAGAGCUCCACACAGCUCCACAAGAUGUAAUUGAAAGUGCCCCAUUGUAGAAAUAGGCAGAUUAAACUUUUAUGAUACUGUUUUUUUAUUUAUUCUGACCUCAAAAUAACCAGCAGAAAUCAGAAAAAUUGAUAAAACAGACUCACAACUGAGCCAGCGAGAUGUUGAUUUUAGUCGUUCCCUGUUGGAGCUGAACUUUAAUUUUUAUUUAUUUUCACGAUUUUCUUUUGAAUUUAAAAGCUUAAAAUCUCAAAGAGGAGCGUGGAAUAAAUGUCACAUACAGAGAGAUAGUCAGCUAAUCCAUUAUUUGGAAAAAUACGAGUGCAGGCCUUACUAAAAAGCAGAGAUACUGGCAUAAACAGAAGUGAUGGUUUUGGACCUUGGGCUUUUUAAUGACUUUGCGCCCCCUUAGCUGACCCUGCUGGAGCUUGUAGAUUUCAUUUCCACCAAGUGGUCCAGUUCAGUUCAGCUUGAAACUGUUUGUAUUUGUGUUUUUAGUGUCAGGAGAAGUUUAAAAAACAACUGAUUGACAGUCCUACUUUCUAGCACCCUCUUAUUGAGGUAUCAUGCCUACCUAUUAGGGCCAAUUUUAGCCUGUUUGAGACUAAUCGGUAAUCGGCCAAAACUCGCCGACCUUCGCCGAUAUUUGAGAAAUAAAAUGCGGAGAAUAAGAUUCGGUUUCACUUAGAAAAUUUUCUGCCAUUUGAAAAGUUCCCCGACUUAUCCUGUAGAUGGCGCAGCGACCUCAUGACAAUCUUCUUCCACUAACUACCUCACGGCACAGCAGAGUGACGGCUCUGAAGCAGGCAGCUCAGGGACGCACAGAGGAGAGUGGUCGAUUAAUCGGUAAUCUGAUUUUUUCUUCCCCUAAUAAUCGGUAUCAGCAUCGGCCCCAAAGAAUCCAUAUCAGUCGGGCCCUAAUACCUUUUCAACCCUAAAGCACGGAACCAGACACACUGUGAUCUAGGGCUGCACGAUUAAUCGCUUUUAAAUCAUAAUCAGGUUAUUUAAUAAUGACGAUAUUAAAAAAAUUGAAAUUGUCAUAUUUUUUUCUUGAUCAUGUCUCGCGCCUUGAAUAAAAAAUUAAAAAUCUAAAAUCAAGUUUGCAGAGAAAAAAAUCUAGAUUUUAUUUUUGGCCAAAAUCGUGCAGCCCUACUAUCAUCCAAAGAUUGGUCAAAAGACUCACACCCCCUGUGGUUCCGGGUCCACCGUCUGUACUUGGAAGCUGCUUUUGUGGUCUUAUUUUUCUCCACUUCCCGCUCCAGAAAGUCCUUUUUUCUUUGUUCUGACCACAUUUUCUCGAUGUUUUUCUUCACAAAGUGAAUCUAGUUCUUUAUUUUCAGGUUUAGUCGCUAGGCAGAAACAGAUGCGAGCUGUACACAAAUACACAUCGUGACCUACUUGGCAGAGAUUUCUCUCGAAGACCUCUUCUCUGUUUCUGCACGCACUCACACACAGAACCAGUUUGGCUCCACAUCUGUAGUUUGGAAGCACAUCUAGAGUCAAAAUCCUUUUCCCUUUUUCUCCUCUUUCUUUCUUUGUAUUUGAAUAUUGAAGAUGAGGAGUCAGUUUAUGCCACAAACAGCCGCUGUAAUGAUGUGGUGGUGGUUGUUGUUGUUGUUGCUGGUGGUGGUGAGUCAAAGGCGCUCACUGAAGUUAUUUUUCAGAGCGUGUGGGUAGCCAUGAACAGUGAUGAAUCAGUCAGUUUAGUUUUUGUAUUUUGAUCAGCUCCGUGUCUUUUUGUACAUCAUUUCUACAGGAACACUGCGUCUAAUAUCCUUAAACACACAAACACAGUCGAGCGUUGCUGCCACUGCUUCAGUGACAGAUGCUGGCUGCACUCCGCCUUGCUCAAAGGUCAACAGAGGUAGUUAGACCCAGACAGGCUCGGCUAGCAGCCCCAUCAGUCACAGCCAGCCACACGAGCCAGGAUAUGAGGUGCUUCCUAAUCGCUGCUGCCAACAAACAUUUCAGGCAUGAGCAGCCGAGCCAGAGUGAGUCACAUCUCAGGUUUGGAUGCGGGAGCUCGACACGUCACACUUGAGUUUUAUGAUAAUGUCUGACAUUAAUUCAGCUCCCUGAACACUGCGGCCCUAUCAGGACUGAACUACUUCCUGCUCUGACAUUUGAAGGUUGAAGUCAUGAAAACCAAUCAGGUUUAACACCCAGUAAGCUGUUUGAGCUAUUCAGACAAGAAACAUGAAAACAGAAGUCACAGAGCAGAGUUUAGAAUAAAGCCCUCAUGAGCGUCAUUUUAUAUUUAUAUUUGAUUGUCAAAUCUCUCCACACUACACAGCAUCCUUCCCUGCUGGGUGUCCGACAGCCCAGUCAGCUAAACGUUCAAUCACAGCAGACAGCAGCCGAGCAGGUUGUAUCACCGUGUGGUUUAAAAGUGGCUUAGCUGGCCUCAUCAGCCUGGAGUCACGCUGCCCUGCCUCAUGUCGUCUGAUAUCAGGCUGCUCUCUGUCUCUGUUUCCACCACAGUUACUUUUGUGGUUUGUGAUCAUUUUGAGACAACGUGAUACUUUCUCAGAGAUGGUCACACUCCUGGAAACAAAGUUGGUCGUCUAACAGGUGACCUCCUCUCCCUCCUAAAAAAGAGCAGUUGCAGAUCCUGCCAAAGUUAACAGUGAACUGCUGUAUCUUCAACAUGUUGUACUGCAGCGGUACGAACCAUCACGAAGAGAGGAGAGAAGCAAGAGGAGGCAGGUGUGUGUCUUAAGUAGGGGUGGGCGAUACACCGAAAAUUUACCGAUACCGAAAUUUAUGGAAAUAAGCGAUGUCAUUUUGCCCAUAUCAGUAUAUUCUGUGUCAAAAAAUAAAAGUUGGUUUUGGAUGUGUGUAGGUAGGCUAUGGUCUCAUGUCCCUUCAAGACGCUGUCCUACGUCAGAGACGUGACUCCACCCCAUCCAGUCCGUAACAAAGAGGGAAAGGCAGGUAAGGAGAUAGAGGACGGUUGUAGCGGCUGGAGCAGUGGCUGAAGUAGAUGAAGUUAAUGUGGGAGAGGGUGAGCAGAUUGUGGAGUAGUUUUCGUCCAUUUAUCGUUAUCGAGGUGAACUGCCCAAUAUAUCGUGAUAUUGAUUUAAGGCCAUAUCACCCAGCCCUAUAGUUGCAGUCAAGCCGGAGUCUAAAAGAUGUUACGAAAAGGCUGGAAAAGACUAAAGGAUGCUGGGCCAGGCUUAUGACCAGAAACAGAGUUAUUACUUGAUUCCUAUAACUCCACUUCUUUCAACUUCUAUACUCUACUUAUAGUUCUGUCUUUCACAAUACAGGCCCAAAAAUAAUCCUGAAAGACAAAAUCAACCAAAUCAAAUCAUCUUUCUUUCUUAUUAUUCGUGUAUCCUUUGAUAAUACUGAUCUGCUACAUUGAUAUCGAACAAGUAAUUAAAUUCAUCAGAGGAGGUUUAAAUCCCAGGAUGUCAUCCCACAAUGUCUUAUUUUGCAAAACUAGAAAUAUCUGUAUGUUAUUAUCAAAUAUUCAGAAUUUUAAAACUUCUACAGUUUUCUCUCUGUAGUAAGAUACAUGUGUGUGUGUGUGUGUGUGUGUGUGUGCUUAUAUUCAGCCGUCGCUGCGUGUGUUUGGGUGUAUGCGUGCAUGCUCAGGCGUGUCUCAGUGUGUGUCUUUUAUGAUUCCGGUCAGGCCCGCAGUGUGCAGACCGUCCCCUCUUCAGUAAAGGUCACGUCUCCUGUUGUCUCCGGUGACAUUUAGUCCCGAGUCUGUCCGUCAGAAUUUGUCCUCUUAAUUCAUCAUGUGUUCGUACCAGCAUGCUCCCGGGCCGCGUCCUUCCCCACCGACAUAAACUCACAGGAGAGAUAUCAGACACAAAAGAGGCGGAGGAGCGAACGCAUUGAUUGAACGGGGUCAGCAGGUUGAAUGAUGGCCCAUCAACGACAGUUUGUGAAUGGAAAUGGUCCCAUUAAAACGACGUUUGACUGCUUUUCUCUGUUUCAUGCUGUUGUAAAUGGAUUAUUUGAGGAGUGUGUGGGAGAAGCAAUUAGAAGAUAGUGUUCAAGGCUCUCUCAAAAUGUCAUCGGUAAUUUACAAUAUUUUCAUAACGGAGACAUUUCAGAUUGAUGGAUAAUGAAGGUUAAGGACGUGUGUGAUUAGUGGACUAGAUUGAAUGUGAGCAUUUUCACCAGUCGGCACCAGGUCAAAGGAAGUAUCCGUAUUUUAAUAAUUCAAGACCCAGAGUCCAGGUCCAUAAUCAGUCUGCUGCACCAAUCCAAUACAGCUCUACUACCAGGAUGUAAACAAACACAGACGACACAUGACAUUGAAGAUCAUGACAUGAAGAUGAAGAUCAUAUGUAUAAAAAUAAGAUUUAAGCCCAUGUAAAGAUACUCUCUCUGUCUCUCUCUUUAUUAUGAGACUUUUCUCCUCUGGUAGAUUUCGGCUUCCUCUUAAUCAUGUGUGGCUAAUCACAGAGAUGCCAUUAGCACUUACAGGAUUAUCACACGCCCUCUGUGUUUGUUAAAAAUGGAACCUACUUUGCUGUGGAGUUUGAACGUACAAUUUAGAAACAUGGCAGAUUUCACAGGAUUACGAUAAGGAAGAUGAUAAAGAAGAAAGCGUGAGCACUUAUUAAGAGGUUCCAGGUAAUUUGAGUCAUGUGUGAAUUGAGCUUAAAUCAGAUUUGGGGCAGUAUUUGAAUGAAGGAGGAAGGAGAUAAUGGACUACAGUGCCUAAUGACAAAUAAAUGAUCUUAAAAAGGACUUUAAAUGAUUCCUCAGAUAAAAAGGACAGAAAUAGAGGUCUAAAGUAAGUGUGUGACAUUAAGGCUUGAUUACAGUUUAGUUUAAUUUGGUUUGAUACUCGCUUCAUCUCCAAAUGGGAAAUUCCUGUUAAAAUUUCACUGGAAGAUUUUGUAAUUAACUUUCACAAAGAGGAUGAAUCAUUUCUGGCUGAAGGGUUUGAUUCCAGUGAAGAUAUCCGCUGAAGACAGGAUCUGUUCCCUAAUCCUGCAACCCUGCAGCAGGGUGAGGGAAACGGCUGUUUUUGUCCAAACUUUAAACAGACGUGCAUCAGUUUUCCGAUUGAUUAUCGUUUCAUCUCUUAAACCAUCUCUUUUAAGCAUUAAAAACUCAAUUAUGACAGAUUGUUUUCUGCUGGACACAGAUGAUAGUCCAUAACUAAACAGCGGAAUCCUCUCACAAGUGCAGGCGGCAGCAGCUGUCGGACUUGUUUGACCACAGACCCCUCUGAAAGAGUCUUUUCUGUUUGGACGAGAGCCUCCACUUCACUGUGAUGAAUAGAGGUGCAGCUGCUCUUCUCUCUGUGUGCCUGUGUGGGGUUUAUCUGAGUGGGGUCUCUGUCCCACCCUCUCUAUCCUCAAUGUGACCUCUAUAGAUUUAAUGGGUGACAAACCAUCCAACCCAUCCAACCAAGUGCGAAGGCGUAUCACUCCAGCAUCAUUUACUUCAGCCUGCAGAAUCCAUUAACCUUAAAGCAUUUUAUGUGGGUCACCUGAGACCCUCAGUUUUUUCUUUAGGGUCUCUGUCACAUAGACGUCAAAUCUUGUUGGUUUAGAUGACUUUAUUCACCCCAAACUGACAUUGUACAACUAAAACUGUGAGCGCUAACACUUGUAAUGAUCAAUAAUAACUUGCUGUCCCUGAGCGCUGGGACCAUUUCUACAAUUUUUUUAUUUAUUAUGAUUUUUGUUUGCAAAAAUGAGCCAUAGAAAAAUUAGGUCUGUGGUCUGAGAGAUGAGAAAACAUAAGUCAAAUGUUGAAACAACGCACAUCCCAUUUCAGUCCAUCAAUCUGGAUUUGAUUUCCAGAGGGGAUCGCUCCCUCUAAGGGGGGGUCUGGGAUUGUGUUGAUGCUCAUGCACCACUCAUAUUAAAGUAAGAGUGCCUGACUGGCUUUGGUUAACUCACAUUUUAAUUCACGUUUUUUAAUGACCAAAAACUUAUUUAUCAAUUAUUAUAACCGUUAUUGUGAUUGUUAAAAAUUCACACUACCAGUUGACGACUGAACUUUGCUUUACACUUUAAAAAAAAAAACCUGAAAUCAUGACAUUGAGCUGAUGUCUUGAACAAAAUCUGUGGGCCAAAAUGUCUCUGCAGCACUUCACAGUUUAAUAAUGCAGUUUUAAUAAACAUAAUUAUUUUACAAUUUCAGGGUCUAGAAAUUUGGAUAUUACACCAAGAACCAAGCAGUUCAGUUUUGUGAAACAACAUAAUUGAUAGUUUUGUAGCAGAACUGGGAGAUUUAGAUGGAUGGUUGGAAGGAUGGAUGGUAAGUUGAUUGGAUGGGUGGAUAGAUCGAUGGAUAGGUAGAUUGGUAGGUAGGUAGGCAGAUGGAUAGAUAGGUAGGUAGGUAGGUGGAUGGAUGGAUGGAUGGAUGGAUAGAUGGAUAGAUAGAUAGAUAGAUAGAUAGAUAGAUAGAUAGAUAGAUAGAUAGAUAGAUAGAUAGAUAGAUAGAUAGAUACGUGUAUGAACGUAGGAAGGGUUAGUUGAAUGCAAGUCAUUUUCUGCAGUCAGUGUUCAGCAUCCUGUCAGCAGAAGGAAGGGACAUGUUGAAAUAUAUGCUCACUUCAGGGGAUUGGGGUACAGUAGGCAGAGUUUAAAAGAUUCAGGGAGAAGUUCAGAUGAGAGGAUGUGGUCCUGCUGAUUUGUAAUUUCUUUGGUUGUCCUGAACACCAUUUUUCUCCAGAAGGACCUCGAGUUUUUUAGCUGAAGUUGUCAGAUUUUCAACUAUAGAAUGAUUAAAGUUUCUCUCUUUCUCUUGUAGACACUCCUUGGUCCAUCGUUUGUUCUCAUGUCCCCACAUUACUCCUUCCUUGGAGUGGAAAUGAGCUGACGAGACAGUAACACUAUCCUCUUUUGUUCCAGUUGACACAUUUUUGUGCCUUAAACCCUUCCACAUUUUUCUCUGAGUGCAUCCCCAGCAUCAGAAAGAAAUGCAGGUUGAAUACAAGAAGAAACAGUCAGUCAGUGUAAUUUUUUCAAUCAGUAUUCAUUGAUCAAAACAAAAAGCUUCUCCUUUUCUCCUUUCAUUGAAGUGGUUUUAUGUGGCUUUUAAAACAGUCUUAAAAGGUAUUUUUGAACCUGCUUUCUUCUUGAUAUGAUCAGUUUUAAAGAAUCAUAAUAAUCCCCUGACGACAAAUUUAUCUCAGAUAUACUUGUAGCAUUCAUGGUUUUUAUCCUGUAGUGUGUGGAAAGGUCACAGCUCCAAAUAUCAUCCACCACUGAAGCAAUCAGUGACUUUUCCUUUUUUUCUCUAUCGCUGAUUUUUCUUGUAAUUGAAAAACACAAAUUGGAAACAGAUGGCAGAGCCAGACUCUGUGACACUGUUGCUUCAUCCUGUCCACACAACAAUAUCACUGCAGCUCAAUUACUCCCACAUUUAUGCUUUUUAACAGAUGAUGAUAACUUGUGACAAUGAUGGGAAAAUUCAAGUUAUCUCCUACAUUUAGUGAAAUACACGAGCCACAGCACUGCUGCUGGUAGAGCAGAAAUGGAGUGUACCCCAUCAUGAAUCAUGAUUCAUGGGGGCUGGUGUUUAAGAGAAGCAUGGAUCAGCUCUAUAAGGCUUUUCCAGAUACGGAUCGUUGGGUCUGAUUUGUAAUUUUCCACUUGGUAGGGUCUGAUAGAACCGCUACAAGAAAUAAAUUGUGUAGAACAACCUGACUUUGCUGACGAGGGAGAGGUAAUAAGAGCUCAUGUGGGAUUCAGGAGGAAAGUUUUUGUUUUGUUUCGUUAAACCCGUCAGACCUUAAUUCAUUUUGAGAGCAUAUUCUGAAGAAAACAGUUUUAAUAAGCAAAUCCCAUCAGGCUGUCUUAGCUCCUGUAACCUUCCUCCUGUGUUAGCUCUCACUAUGUGUCAUCUGCAAAUGACACUAAAAACAAUUCUCGAUCAUCCAAUUUGGUUCUCAUCUUGAUGUUACCUUCUUAGGCUUCAUUAUCCAUGAAAAUAUUGCUUAUAAUAUUUGUUGUUGUGGGCCUCUGGGUCUUUCUUUGUCAGUAUAUUCCUCACACAGACAUCGAUACUGAAUUGAUCUUACAUGACUGGACAUGCCUGUUGUUUCUUUUUUUGUGCAGAGAAAAACAUGGCAAAAUGAAUCAGGUCGACAGCAACCCUACCAAGACAAGUGCCAUAAUUUUAACCAGAGCAUUUUAUGAUAUAGUAAAUUAAAAAAAAAAUCUGAUUUUGUCGGAAUAGAGAUUCUUGACAAAGUCAAGACACUUGAUGCAAAAAUAAAUAAAUAAGUAAAAAUCAUGUGGUUCUUUUAUGCAUUUAAAACCAAAAACAAGCUGGUGCCAACCUUAACACAGGAGGAGGGUUAAAGCUGCUGGGAGGAACUUUUGGUUUGUGUCAGCCCAAGUAUCGUGAUAAUAUUGUAUCAUGAUAAUAUUUUAUUGUGGCUCAAGUAUCGUGAUAAUAUCGUAUCGUGGGGCCACUGGUGAUUCCCACCCCUGUUCGUCGUCCUUGCUGUUGAUGUGAUAUUAUUAUACGCUCUCUUUUUUUGUCUUCAGGUUGCUUUUUUUCACCACAUGCGUUUCAUCCCUGUGUUUGGGCUUUAUCUUUACACUGUUUUCCCGCUCGAAGCCAUAUUUGCUCGGGAAACUUUUGCUUUCAAUAUUAAAUUCAGCCAAGGCCACCAAAGGAGUUGAAUCUCCUCUCUUGUUUUCCACCCACAGUGCACCUUCAGUCUGUAGUAAAGCUUACCCCGCUCCCCCGGCGUUGUGUAAUUUCACGUCUGAACAGCAGGGCUCCUCGGGAAAUGCCAAACCCUGCAUGUGGAUAACGCCUUUUUCUCAUGAAACCUUUCAUGUCUCUCUGAGUCACAAAUGUUUUUCAGUCCUCGGAGUCUGUUUGAUGUUUUCUUGCUGUUAUAAUUUACAAGUCCUCUGAGUAGACGUGACCCAGUUCUGUAUGAAUGCAGCAUCUUGAUUCUACAAAUAUCUUUUAUCAAGGAUCCUCCUUUGAUGUAGAAGUUUUCUAGUAUCUAAACCUGAACUCUAACCACUCUGUCUCCUCUUCUCUUUGUGUCUCCUCUGCAGUAAGCAUGUUUCUCAACACCCUGACGCCCAAGUUUUACGUGGCUCUGACGGGCACUUCCUCCCUCAUAUCAGGCCUCAUAUUGGUAAGAAACACCUCAUUUCACUGUACAAUAAUACAGCGGGUUCUCUCAUUUAUUUUCAACUUGAUUUUGAUACGUGCAUGUCAUGAUGUCAUUGCCCAACUGUGUUUUAUGGAUGACAGGUAUAGUAGGUUGCUGUUACAAGCACAUAUUUUAGAUAGGUAGAUAAGCAACUGACGACAUUAUGGAAGUUCCCCAAAAAGAUAGACCACCUGUAUUUGUCUGAGCAGACCGAUCCACCCAUCUUUUUAAAGAACAAACAAAAGGCCUUUCCUGGUUGAAGAAUAAAAAUCUUAUAUUUUAUUUUAUUUGUUAGAAGUAUAAGCACGGAGUUCACAGGCUGAGGGAGAAGUGAAGAAGAGGAAAUCCAGACACUCUGGUCCUCUUUGAUGAAUAAAUAACUCCAGUUUGCAUCUUUUAUUGAGAAUACAUUUUAAAGUGAUUAUUUUGAAUUGAAAGGAUCUCCUGCCGUUGUGCAUUAAUCACUCAGUGAAUCUUCUAAAUGCUUACAAGUCAUCGACCUGCACAGCAAAACGCUUAAAGCUUUUUUUAGACCUUAAUUUAUCUUCGGCUUUGCAAAGUUUGCAUUUCCUGCUCACGUCCGUAUUCAGAAUGAGAAACAACAAAUGAAGAAGCGACAGAGAUCAUCACAGAGGAGCAGCAUGGUAAUAAUGAUACUGUUGGCACGGCUUUUCCUCCUUGUUUUCAGGUAUUUCUUCUCUUUCUGCUUCUUCCCAGAGACAGCCAACUGUGCAACAGUGUUUGGUCUGUAUUUUAAAAUAGCUCCUCUCUUAAUUAACUCACUCUCUCUCUCUCUCUUCCCCUGCGGGGCUGUUGGCCAAUAUGUGUAGGCUGCUCAGAAAAUCUGUUGAGCUUUGCACAUGCUCUCUGCGACGAUUAAGACAUGUGGAAGCGAAGGAGUGAUAGCGCUCGUUCCUCUGAAAUUGGAAUUGAUAUUUGUGUCCUAAUUAAGAUGGUUUUCAGUGAAGAUAAGUCCGAUCGAAAUGUCACUUUUCCUCCUCAAACUGAGCCUGACAGGAUAACAGCGUCAGAUGAUGAAGUCUGUGCACGUAGUAAAAGACUGAAGCUCUCGCACUCAUCAGUAUUCUCGAUGUUUUCUCUUGUGAUUAUAUUAUAACUGCUGAGUGGAUCCUAUUUUUCUAAACCUCUACCCAAUCUUAUCAUAAAGUGAGAGACUAACAUGAUAUUUAUAGCCAAACUCUUAAGUGUUUGCUUCACAGGAGCCAUAAAACUCAAGUUUAUGCUUAUGUUAUUGUUGUCUAUGGUCCGGUUAGAUAUUGUUUUCGUGAAGCUUCACAGCCGGCUCUUAAAUCAAACCAGCAACAUACAUCUGCUGUUGAAGUUGGUUUAUUAUCGCUCACCUGAGAGCUGAGCUAAUGUGCAGGCUCAUGUUUUAUCUGCUUUGGUUGGAGGACUUCCCUAAAUCACAAUAUUUUUGCAGAACGAAGCUGGGCAUGUUUUGGCAAACUGAUACUCUCAGGGAAUCUAUGUCCUUGUCGCCACGGAAACCACUUUGUCACAUGCGAAAGCAAAUCCCAAUGAUUAAAUCCUGUGUUUUCCUAAAACAUGAUCAUCUUCAUAGACCGGAGAUACACUCGCUCUUGGCAAUGCGUAUGCAAAUUCACAAAGGCUGCAAUCUGUCCCUAGUGUUGGUGCGGCAGAGCAAAGAGCAGCAAAGACGACAAUGGCAGAAAGUUUUUAAGUUUUUUGGGGGACAAGUCCGGGUCUGUUUAUGUCCAAGCACAGAGGAAAACUUUGUAAAAACUGAGGGGGUGGUGGGGGGAAGUGCUGAUAGUGCGUUCUGUCCUGAGUUGGUAUCAGUGGCUUGAACUGAUGGAAGAAAAAACAGGUUAAAAAGUUAAAACAAGAAAAACAGGCCGACCAAAAUAUCAUCACACAUCAUAAAAACAGUCAUUUAAAAGAACUCCAGAAGCAGUAAAGCUCUUUUCAAAGACUGUAAUUCAACUGUAAAUUUAAAAACAACCAAAAAGCAGGAAAGGCUCUUGGAUAAGAAAGGAUUGAAAAAAGAUCUCUGACUCAGCUGACCUGAUUUCCUCAAACCUGAUCAUACCAGAAUUUUGGAGCUGUAAUGUGUAUACUCUGUCCUCUUCAGUAGUCUGGUGUUUUGGAACAACCAGGCGUACUACUGGUUAGGGCUGGGAGACAAACUGAAAAUUUACCGAUACCGAAAGUUACAACUAUUGCUUCCUAACAUCAUCACUCUGAUCGUCAGCGUAGAGUUCAUGCUGGCUUAUGUGAUGAAAAAACUCAGUACAGUUGCAGUCAUGCUCUCCGUUUUUAAGUCUGUUUUUGCUGACUCCUCCAUUCCUCUUGUACAGAAAGUAUGCUGCAGACAGAGUUGGGAGUUAUCCAGAUUUUGAUUAUGUCAAAUCUUGGGGGGUUAAGAUUAUGUACUGUAAUUGUGAGUGAGUGAGCUCAGAUUUGGGCUGGGCGAUAAACCGAAAAUUUACUGAUACCGAAAUUUACAACAAUAAACAAUGUCAUUUUGCCCAUAUCGGUAUAUUUGGUGUCAAAAAAAUAAAAAAAAUAGAGUUGGUUUUGGAUGUGUGUAGGUAGGCUAUGGUCUCAUGUCCCUUUCGAGAGACGUGACUCCACCCCAUCCAGUUCGUAACAAAGAGGGAAAGAUAUUGAUACUAAUUUGAGGCCAUAUCGCCCAGCCCUACUGCUGGUAGAACUGCAGUUAAAUAAUAUAGAUUGGAAAAGUCUGUACAUGCUGACUUAAUCAGGAGAAAAUGGACGGUAACAGUGAUAAUCUGAAUUAUUAGACUGUGGGUUUGUUUGGUUUUAUCCUGAAGACUGCACCAUGAGAGUAUUUGCAAUGAAAUAAAUCGUUAGGGGGUUUGGAUCUUGGGGAAUUCCAGAUUUAUGCUCAUCUGUGGAAGAGUUUGGGGGAUGCCAGGCAAAGAAAAGGACAGUUUUUUGGUUUCAAAGACGCACAGACUGGGACAAAUUUACCUGAUGUGUGAGUGCUGCUCAAGGCCGGUACAAGAACAGGACAUCAACUAAAUGGACUGCUGCACUUUACAGUACACACAGAGCUUUUAACCUGAGAGCACAGCAGCUUGUUUUACAGAGCCCGCUGUUUACCAUAACACACACAGACGGGGAACUGCGAAUGAAAGGUGUCGCGCUGCUAAUCGGGUCGAGUCAGCUCUCAUGCAGGGUACUCAAUACCUGCCCGGUCCCAUCUCCCCAGCUGCAGGUGGUAAUAGUUGAAAUUGUGGUGAAGCACACUCCAGAGCCAGCGUGGCGCACAGCUGAGAGACUCAGUGGUGCGGACAGUCUUAAUCACAGGAGGAGUUAAGUGCAAAUGAUUAAAACCAUAAAUAAAAGCAGAGAGGGGGAAUAACACGAGUGGAGCUCAAUUAACUUUUUAGCUGACCACGUCCUUUUCUCAGCCAACCACUGUCCAAAGAUGAUCUUCAUCCAUAUUCGAAAUCUGAUUGGCUGGUGAGACAUUAGAAGUUUUCAAACAGCUGCUGUGGUAAUCUUUCAUAAAUGACGUCAUUUCAUUAAACCCCUCUCUCUCUCUCUUUCUGUCUCUCUUUUUCUCCUUUAGAUAUUUGAGUGGUGGUAUUUCAGGAAAUAUGGGACCUCCUUCAUAGAGCAGGUGUCUGUGAGCCACCUGCGCCCCCUGCUGGGCGGAGUGGACAGCAGCUCCCCCAGCAACUCCAACACCAGUAAUGGAGAGGCCGACUCCAAUCGGCAAAGUGUGUCCGGUAAGAGCUGAGAACUGGAGAAGACCUUACAGACUAAAGAGAGCAAAACGUUUAGCACUUAAAUCCUAAGUUUGUCUCAGACACUAAAACUGAUCUAUGGAAAACAUUUUAACGACCAAGAAUAACUCAAAAUGAUCCUAAAAAUACCUAAAAUGGCAGAUUUUUAAGUUCUUCAAAUGUAUCUGACAAAGUAGAGCCAAACAAGAACAACUUAGACAGAAAAAUGGAUGCUAGAAAUGUUUACAAUCCAAUCCAGUCCGCUUUAUUUAUCUAGCACAUUUUAAAAAUCAUUCAAGUUUGCCAAAGUGCUGCACAGUAAAAUUUAAAAGGACAAACACUACAGAAAACACCACGAGGAAAAGCACAAAAGCAUAAAAGAAAUAAAAGUGAUAAAAGAACCAUAAAAAGACAUAAAUGGACAGAGAUCAUACAACUCUCACCUUGUGAUGGUCACCGUGCGUUGUGUGUUAUUGCUUCAAAGUACUGACUCACUCUGAAGACUUCAGGAAUUUAGAUUUCUUCUUUUUUUAAAUCAUUUUUGCAGUAAUAUAAAACAGUGACUAGUCAAAAAGUUUCAUUUCUUGCCACCAGAUCAGUGUCCCAUGCCUUUCCUGCAAUAAAACAGGCAGAAAGUUUGGUGCGUAAAAGAUGAGCUCAGAAAAGAAUAUCAGAAAGACACAUUUGAGGUGUUCACACAUGCAACCAAACAAAAAGCAGAUUAAAAAGGUCUUAAAAUCAGUCAUUUAAGAUUUCUGGCAAAUGGUAAAAAGAAGAAAAACACACCGCUACAGUCACUAGAAAUGUUAAACCAGAGAGCCCUGAAGUAUAGAAAGUAAAGCACCUGUAAGGAAUUUUUGGUUGCAGGCAAAGCAGUCUAUGCUCACCUUUCCCUUCAAAUGCUUAAAACUUUUGACAACCAAACUGAUAAACUCUCAUGAAUAUUUUAGGUGGAAAAUAAAAUCAGAGCUGUUCUCCUCGGCUGCUUAGUUGACCCCUUUCCCACACACUAGUUUCAAGCAUUAAAAAGUGGGAUAUAAAAAAGGCAUCAAUAUGAAUUUCAGUCUGUUUCAGAAACGCCAUAAAAAUAUCUCUUAUAGGAGCCUUAAAAAGUUCUUUUUGGAGCGGAUGCAUAUGGACAAAAAUAGGUUUGUCAGUUAUUUAUUCCUCUGCACAGCGAAGUUUGGCCGAAUAAAUCCUUUAUGUACGCCGCACCAAGAAGAAAAACUUGAAUGGAGGAUGGUACGAUCAGAAAGCACAACACAUCCAACUGUACAGUGAACCCCUGGUAUCUCUCAUCAGUCUUGAUGCACGUAGAGGAAGAAGAGGAGGAUGAUGAAAGGACGAGUUCAGAGUCCUGACAGCUGAGGGAAAAAUUGAAACGUUUAGAUUUAGUCAACGGCGACCUGUUGACCUCCCCGAGGGAUGAGCUGGACUGAAGCUUCCAGCGAUGACUCACGGAAAACAUCCCCGUCUCUCUCACUGAGUGCUGUCAUAUUGUUUUAUGACUUACUCUGUUAAGGCUGCUGAUGGACCAGCCUCCAGAAAAACAUCAGUUAUUGCAACCACAGCUGUUAUAAAAUAUGUCAGUAUGUUUUGCUCGGAGCCUCAUGCUUUUAUUUACAGCCUGCUCGGUAUCCUAAAAUCAUUCUCUUCUUCUGUCCGAACAAAGUAUUUAAAGAGCAACUUAUUUUGUCGCCUCCAUUUCUGUUUAUUUGCAAAUUUUCCACAUUCCCAAAGGCGAAGACGGCGCUCCACGGGGCGGACACUCAACCCCCUGUCCGUGCUCUUGUUAAAAUGCAGCGAAAAAAGAGCCUGAAAAUGUUCAUGUCACUUCAGCAGCCUCCUCCACAGUUGCUCUGUGUGCUCGGCAAAGCAGCUCCUUGGCUUACUCACCGCGUCAGUGAUACUUUGAUCACAGUUAAUCCUUUGAAUGUGUGUUUGCUUCCCAAUGGAAAUUAAGUCGGUCCAAACAGGAAACAUCUAAGCACUGAAUAAUUCCUUUGAUUCUGCCGGAUAAUCGCAGAAAACAUUAUUUCACCUCUGCAGCCGAAAUGCAGUACACGUAAAAUGACUCAGCUUACUUUUCUUGCAGCACCAUUAGUAAUGUGAUAUGCCCACUUGAAACAAUAAUAUUACUCAUAUAGACCUGUAGCUGAUCAGCCCAGACUCUUGAACUCUCCUCCUCCUGCUCACAUGAAGUUUUGUUUUCAGCCAAACAGCUUUCAAAUGAAAUAGGAUUAAACGUGUUGUUUCUGAUCGACAAAACCCUCACAGAGAAAAGAGACGACCGUACUAAUCCUCUUUUAAAGGCUAAUAAUCUGCUUUAUGUAAAUCUGUCCAUUAAAGCCAGACUGCCGCAGACUGUAAUAAACUCUGUUCCUCAGACAGACGGCUUGAAUUUAAGAGCGGUGGCCUCACUCACCAGUCAUGCAUCAGCUCUUCGACACAUUUUUAAUAAUGUGUUGUAUACGGUGUGAAAUAUGGAGGAGGUUAUGGAGGAUUUAACUUUUAGUGUGGAGUAAAUUAGGCGUGUAAAGGCUCAUUUAUAUUUGCCAUACGUGUGAAAAUGUACGCGUCCAAUUUAAGCGAUGGUCCGUCAAUGCCCACAUACUUCCAUGCAUUCUUUACGUUGCCAUGGAUAUUAACCAUUACAUCCACCAGGGGGCAGGCUGGAGUCAAAAGCCUCAUGGUUGGAGGAUGGAGAAUUCUUUUCUUAGUAGUACCAAUGAGAGAAAUUGACGACAAUGGUCAUUUUCAGUACUUUCAGUUUCUCUUUAGAGAUGCGUAUCGGGUAGUGACAGUAGCAACACUGCCCUCACACUGUUUCCAGUGGUACUGCUCUGUCUGGCCUGUACGGUAAACUUUAAGGAUACGUGCAGAAAUACAGACGAAAAGAACGCAAAGCAGAGACGGAGUGCUCUGUCCAUGCCCAUAUGUACCGUUGAGCAUAAAUGAGCCUUAAUUUUGUAUGAAUUUGACAUGUUUAGGGUUAAACAAAGAAAUAUCUGUUAGCGCUAAAAUGAGUCUGAGAAACGCGUAAUUUAAUAAAGAAUUAAAUCAAAUAAUUAAAACUAAAAUGUAAAAAAAAAAUGCACUCUUGGAUAUAAAUCAGCAUGAUAUGAACUAACUGUGUAAAGAGAAACUGUGUAUUAGAAAGAUUAAUCUGACAUGUAUCUUGAUUUUUCACUAUGGCCCAUGUUCCAUCAGUUAACACAAGAGAGGCGGGGCUUGUGACCAAUCCCGCAAUCAGUCAGUAGGGGGAGCUCUGAGUGUUUUGACCUCACAGUCAGUGAAGCCUAUAACGUGUUUUUCGAUGUACAGUCUGUGAUUGCAGCUAAACUUUUAAAGGGUCCCGCUAAAUAAAUAUAAUAAUCAACACUACUGCACUUUUUUAAAGUCUGAUUUGUUGAUUUUUAGUUAAUUAUAGCUCUGAGAACAUUUUUUAAAUUCUGUGUCUGUUGAACCAAUCACAGCACAGAGAUGUUUUCCACCAUCAGUGGGAGCUUCAGUGGAAGCAUGUUUGGUCACUGAGGAGCUUUCAGCCCCUCUCCUCGUCAUCCAUGCUCUCCAAAAGGUCGACGUGCCAGUCAGGCAGCUGCAGGGUGGAUGGCAGAGCUCACAGUGGAGCUCUUUGAAGUGUUUUAGAGGAGGCUGAGCUUUUGGCUUUACCCUCGACACUCACCGUCAGUUGCUGUUCUCUCUCUCUCUCUUCCUUCUGCAGAAUGUAAAGUAUGGAGAAAUCCGCUGAAUUUAUUUCGUGGAGCUGAAUAUAAUCGGUGAGUGAGAGCAGCAAACUUACCUGCAUGUGAAACCUUCAGCUGGUUUGGUUUUCUUCUCUGGCCUCCUUCUCUCUCUUUAUCCCCGAUCUCAUUCCUAUUCUCUUAAGCUGCACUUCUUCAUGUUUAUUCUGCUGCAUCAUAGUUUCUUCCUCAUGAGUGUUUCGGUAUAUUUCCUAUCCCUCCUCUUUCUGUUUCCUUUUCUCUCACCAAACUUUUCCUCUCUCAAACUUCUCCGACUCGCUCUUAUCUGUCUCCUCUGUCACUCCUCCUCUGUUCUCCAUCGGAUGUUUCUUCCUCUUGAUUUCUCCUGUUGAGUCAUCUGCCAUUUUUCCAUUUCUAAUGCUAUAAUCAUCCUGUCAUUUCUCCACCUAUCAGCCCUCAUGCUCAGCUCUUUACUUUGGCCUAUAUCAGUCAUGCACGGUUCCCAUUAAGUCAACACAGCUCAUGACUCAUUUACAAUCACCGGAGCAAUAUCCUAUAAACAUCUGAGAAAGCACAGCAGCUCCUGUAUGACAGUUUUUUGUGUCAUUAGACAUUUUGAAGGGGGAGUUUUGUAGUUUUUAUGGCGCUUUACUUAAAUGUCACACAGACUGUAAUAACAGCUGAACCCUGAUUCAGAUCUAAUGUGUCUCUGUGCUCGUCUUCAGGUAUACGUGGGUCACAGGUCGAGAGCCGCUGACGUACUACGACAUGAACCUGUCAGCACAAGACCAUCAGACCUUCUUUACCUGUGACUCAGACCACCUCCGGCCUGCUGACGCCAGUAAGAAAACACACCCUCACAUACAUACGAUGGCAGUUGCUAAGGAGGUAGAACGGUCGUCCAAUGACUGGAAGGUUGGCGUAUCGAUUCCUGCCCCAUCCCAAGUCUAUCCGAUGUGUCCUUGGGCAAGACACUUAACCUACCUUGUUCCUAGUGUGUGUUCUCAAAUAGUGUAUGAUUGUGAGUGUUGUGUGGUGGUGGUUGGAGAAGCCAUAGGCGCAAAUUGGCAGCCGCGUUUCCGUUGUAGGUGCCAGAUGUGUUCGGGCUGCCAGAUUGGCGUCUAUUGAUGACCUCCCGCUACAUGAUUGGCUGGAAGUUGGUUCGGAUGGCUUUUAACCGAGCAUAUUUGACUUGUAGUUGUGCGCAAUGUAGUUUGUCUAAGUGGACUUGCCGUAGUGUGACGUCUUCAACAGGCGCUGGGCUCCGAGCUGAUCUGGCAGCCGGAACACAACUGGUAUCGACACCGUCAGUCUGCCUCAGGGCAGCUGUGACUACGACGGUAGUUUACCACCACCAGGGUGUGACUGUGUGAGCGAAUGAAUGAUGUAUGUAGGGCUAGGCGAUAUGGGAAAAGUUUACCACGAUAUAUUCUUUUCAUAUCAGUCGAUAUUGUUAUAUAUUACCAUAUAAAAAGAUCACUUGUCAAUCUUGAAUGUUCCCUGUUACUCUUAAAUGAAAUUUAACAGUGUUUAUUGGAAGCAUGUCUUUUGCAAUACAACAAGCUACUGCAUCUGUGAGGUCUUUGUGUCUCUUCGAUGUUUUGUUGAAAGCGGACUGAAUGGUCGGUGCGGCGCGGACAUGGAGCUACUCCCCCUUUUCAGUGGCUAUUCGUAUAGUCUACCAAAACAUGGCAGAAUGACGGCUAUCAAAAAGCAUAUUGACCAUGUUUCAUAUUGAUAUCGAGGGAAAUUGUUUUUUUAUAUAUAUCAUUAUUGUUUUAUCGCCCAGCCCUAAAUGUAUCCAAUGUAAAGUGCUUUGAGGGUCACUAAUAAAAGGCGCUAUAUGAAAUCUGAUGCAUUUUUAUUUUAUUACAUACAUAUUAAAUUAACUCAUCUUCAUCCUGAAUUUGUCUGUUUGUUUUUCUCCCUCGUCUGGUGUCAGUUAUGCAGAAAGCAUGGAGAGAGAGGAACCCACAGGCUCGCAUCUCUGCAGCACAUGAAGCCCUGGAGCUGGAAGAGUGAGUCCACACUCCCUUUCUUUGUCUCCAUCUUUGUUGCUAGUCUGUUGUUUUUACACAAUUUUCCCCUGAUAUAUGAAGCGGCGCUGUCCUUCACCUUAAAAUAAUGCUGUUUUUAUUAGAGAGCAAAAGUACGUCUUUGAUGAAUGUCCGCUGAAUCUUUCGGGGCUGACGCCUGGCGAUUAUAAAUGAUAAUGGUUUAAGCCGGUAAAACACUGUGACAUGUUAAUUUUAGAGACUCUUCAUAAAACAUAAUAAUGUGGGAUCAAUACUUAAUUUUCUUGUAAAACACAGAUUGAUUUUUGUUCUUUCUUUCCACCUUUAACCGCCUUACAUUACUGAGGCUCAAUACGCGCUUAAAUCAGCGUGAUGCCGCAGUGAAGCAAUGUGUGUUCGCUGGAUGUCCUGAUUGUAGUCAUUAUCCGAUUUUAUUCUGUUUAACUCAGACAGAUUUUCCUCUCUGGUUACUGUCACGUCUUAAGAUAAUCAUCUCUAUGUUGUUGUUUUUAUUUUGAUCCAACAAAAUGAAGCAGCAGCUGUUUCCCAUUCAAAAGUGAUACUGCAAUGCAAUUAAACUUUAUUGAAUUCACCUCACACACAUAUUUGAAACUCUAGUCUCUCUGUUAUCUUUUCAUCUCUAAACAAAGAGAGUCGGGUCCUUCGUGUCCCUCCUGUCGCUCACUGGGAUUUAUGUUUUCAGCUCGUGAAAAGCCUGUUAACGCUAAUCAAUGGCGUGCCCACUCACAUACACAGCGGCUGAUUGUUAACACUCCUCCGCCCACUUCUGCAUUGUUGAAUUUUUACCGUCUUUCUCGGCGAGGAAGUAGAGGUCGAGCUUUAUUUUUCCUUUCGUUCUCUUGUGGACAAAUAAAAUCUUUUCCUGCUGCUUUUGUUGCACAAACUUGACAGUCUGACACCGUUCAGGUUUUAUUGUCUUCUCUGUUGUUUUUAAUUUUAUAUGCCGAGUUUCAGGGACGAAGAAAAGAAAGUUAAGCGCCUCACUGCACAGACAAACAAAGGACAAUGUUUAUGGACCAGUAUUUAAAGAAACAGAGGUUUCCUCCUCCAAUUUUAAAAAAGUAAACUUAGCAGUGCAGAAAUGGUUGAAAAUGUUCACUUAAGCAUGCCACACCAAUAGAGAACAAUAAUGUGCAGUUUAUCUGUCAUAUCAAACAUCACAGAAGACCGUCUAAAACCAGAAUCAAUACAGUCUAGGUGUCAGGUUCUGGUCGUUAUCAGGUCCAAAGACACCAAAGAAGAAAAGAUCGGCUGCACACUGAGGCCCAAUCCCAAUCCACCCCCUACACACUCGGCCUUAACUACCGAGUGUCACUCGUAAUGAAGUUACACUCACAGCUGUGGAGUGCACCUCAAUUGAAUUGGGAAGGUAUACAUAAACAAGAAGGGCGGGUAUGGGACGCCCUCCUCACUCCACCGGGAAAUGGAAAGAUUCAUCGCUAUAGAAACAUAAAGAUGCGUCCUGUACAUGGCAGCGUUUCUUUUCUAAGUAAACGGGCAUCAUGUACAGUUCUGAAGCCGCACCGGCCGCCUCGUUUUUUUCAUCGUCCCAGUGAAAUCUUAAAUCCAACAACCAUCACAGUGUCAGAAGUUAAAUUAUACUUCUGAUUGUUAGUCAUUCCACAAUGAAAUCAAGUGUCAACACCGAGUAAGAUUUCCAAGUUUUCUUGAUCUUUCCAAACCACGUCUUUUGUGAUUUAUUUUGUCAGUGAGACAAAGGUGGACAGAACUUAUAUUUGUAUGAUGUUUUCUCCUCCUCCAUGCACUAUCUGCAAAUCCCGUCGUAAGUGUGCACCGGUACAGACUCGCUCAUUAAGGUCCACUCACCCUUCGCACUCUGUGGUUUGGAGCCUCCCCCAAAUGCGCAAAUGGAGGGCGAGUGUGUAGAGGUCGGAUUGGGAUUGGGUCUGAAAUUGACUUUACCAAAACUCUAUUGGGAGCGAACCGCAUGUUUAACCUGCAGCUUCUUCAGGUUCGCCCAAAUGUGCUUAAUACGUACUAUCGUGACUGUUUAUCAAUCAGAUCACUUAGAAUAACAACAAACAUGAUGUAAAUAAUGCAGCAGUGUUACAUGGACGAAGAAACAAUCAAACAUAUGGUGUGCGCUUGAAUGUUUUAGAGUAUUUUGUUGUUUUAGGGAUAAUGCAGCAGGUGUAAAAGAACUUCAACUUCUCCAAGUAUUAUCGUCAUAAAACUCUUUAUUCGAUCAAGUGCUCAGCAAGUAUCCUGUUGAGUGUUUUUCAGGACGAUGCAUCUCGUCUCAGAUUGGUCCCCUGGGUCUCUGCAUCAACUAUAGGGGAGUUUUUCAUGGCACUGCGGGUUAUUUUUAGUCGCAUCUCUGACUACAAAGGCUCUGCAGAGGAAUUGUGGCUGUUGCCAGCAGCUCAUAUCAAGACUGUGACAGCAGGUUGACUCAGAGAAAUACUUCUUUGAUCAGUGCUCAGUUUAAUGUAAAAUACAUGAGGCCCAAAAAAGCAGUUUUUCAGGCACAGUGACGCCGUGCUGGGUACAAUGAGUUGGUAUAUUAUGAUUGAAUCUGCAAGGAAAGGAGGAUAAGCUAUAAAGACUCUGCUUUUUUCUUCUUCUCUUGCUCCUGUCCUGUAGUUGUGCAACGGCGUACAUCCUGCUGGCAGAGGAGGAAGCCACAACCAUCAUGGAGGCUGAACGUUUGUUUAAACAGGCGCUAAAAGCUGGAGAGGGCUGCUACCGCCGCAGCCAACAGCUCCAACAUCACGGUACACAAUAUGAAGCCCAGCACAGUGAGUAUGAUAUUAUAAUCCACUCAGUAUUUACUCUGCCAAUGAUCAGGAUAUUUAUCUUCUUCUGCUGGCUGUGACUCAUCUCUCCAGCCAGCGAGAACAGUUCCCAUCGCAGACCGCAGCAAGAAAAUGUUCUGGUUUUUUCUUUUUUGCGUGUUUUGAAAUAUCACCGCCUGAGGGUUAGGAGUUAUCCCAGCCGAUCGCUAAAGCCGGUCGUUGGCUGUAAUAGCAACAACAUAAUCCUUCAGUGGUUAAUAACUCAAAAAUAAGGGUCCCUGCAGAGAGAGCGACCAUUUUGCUGUCCAACCCGAAACAGCUGUUUGAAGCCGCCGCACUGUAUUUAAGAAAACUGCAGUUUUACUUUGCAGAAAUGAUAAGUUGCAGGUUUAAAGCUGUAAGUCAGCUGGUUGUUUUUGGUGCACACGUUUAUGAGACUCGGACUCCAUCUGAGCUAGGGCUGGGCGAUAUGGCCUCAAAUCAAUAUCACGAUACAUUGAGCAGUUCACGUAGAUAACGAUAAAUGGACGAUAACUACUCGAGAAGUAUUGAAAGAAAAUUAAAAAUUUGGUGAAGCAACAUUCAUGUGCUUUAAAUCAGUGGCUCUUUCUAUGUUGCUGUUAUGGUUGUGAUAUUAUAUUGGCAGCAUGCAGACCUUAUAAAUCAAUAAGCUAGACGGCUCCUCCGAGAGCCUACACUGUGAUUUUUUAAAUUACAGUACAUACUCUAAACCCCCCAAGAUUCAACAGAAUCAAAAUCUGGAUAAUGCCCAACUUUGUCUGCAGCAUACUUUGCGUACAAGAGGAAUGGAGGAGUCAGCAAAACAGACUUAAACACGGAGAGCAUGACUGCAACUGUACUGAGUUUUUUUCAUCAGAAAAACCAGCAUGAACUCUACGCUGACAAUCAGAGUGAUGGUGCACAGAAGUGAUAAUUUGGGUUCGAAACAAUACUUAAGUAUGGUGCAAUAAUAAAUUAACAAACAGACGUAAAAGGACACAGAUUGAUGCAUUUCAACUGAGCUACUGCCUUCUACUGUAAAUUUUAGGGCUGGGCGAUAAACCAAAAAUUUACAGAUACAGAAAUUUAUGACGAUAACCAAUGUCAUCAUGCCCAUUUCAGUAUAUUCAGUGUCAAAAAAAUAAACAAAAGUUGGUUUUGGAUGUGUGUAGGAAGGCUAUCAUCUCAUGUCCAUUUAAGACGCUGUCCUAUGUCGGAGAUGGAGGACGGUUCAAAAGUUUUAGCGGCUGAAGUAGACAAAGUUAAUGUAGGAGGGGGUGAGCAGCUUGUGGAGUAGUUAUCGUCCAUUUAUCAUUAUCGAGGUGAACUGCUCAAUAUAUCAUGAUAUUGAUUUGAGGCUAUAUCGCCCAGCCCUAGUAAAUUUAAUCUUUGAGUUUCUAGAAAAACAAUCUGAACCCUUCAAAGUGCUUCACAGAGCUGCAGCCUUCACAGUCUGUCGUCACAAAACUCUGCGCACUUUUUGGUUAUUUUCAAAGAAGCUGAAAUAAAUUCCCUACUGUUAGUUCUGCAGUUGGAAAUUUUGUCCUUUAAGCCUCUAAUGUCAGUGUACGGACAGCUGUCGACCGUUAAACUAAUCUGUGUUUGUGUUUCAUCAUGUGUGUCCACCAGGAAGAGACACCAACGUAUUGGUGUACAUAAAGAGAAGAUUGGCCAUGUGCUCCAGAAAGCUCGGCCGGACACGAGAAGCAGUUAAAAUGAUGAGAGAUGUAAGUGCACACACGUACACACACACACACACACACAAAAGACACACAAAAUUAAAGAAACACUAUGUGCUUUUACUCCUUUAAAGUUAAGAAGCUUUAAUCACACUUAUCCUCUGAAAUUCAUAGCUUCACAUUUGAAUGUUUGAAACUGCUCUGUGAUCACCAGAAGUUGUUGCUGUGCUGACUGUGCAAGUGUCGCCCCCUGUCUGAUAUUACAUGUAACAACAGUUGUGUGUUUUCCAGUUAAUGAAGGAGUUCCCUCUCCUCAGUAUGUUCAACAUCCACGAAAACCUGCUGGAGUCGUUACUAGAGCUCCAGAACUACGCCGACGUCCAGGCGGUUCUGGCAAAGUACGACGGUAAGACACUCGCACGCACGAACGUUUGAGUUUGAAUUUCAAAAACCUCACAACAGACGCUGGUACCGCCACGAACGCAGGGAUAAAACAGGACUUAGAUGUUUCUCAGAAAGAGGAUUAACUAUCAUUUCUUUUGAAGCUCUUUGUCUGGAUGUGUCACCUCUUUUACUUUAUGAAGGAUGAGUCUGUGGUGUUUAAUUCAACAGGUGUCAUAGUCUUUUUUUUCCCCAUGAUCCUCUUCUUUAAGUUUCAAAAUAACAGUGAAAGAAUCGUUUCAAAGGAAACUCUUGGCCUGUUACCAGUCUAUCAUUUAGAUGCUAUCACACAGAAAAGUUCUGGACGGUUUUCAUGGCACUCUCAGGACUUUUUUAUCCUCCCCGUCUCAAAUGCUUGUGCAGGUAAAAGGGCUUUUGGGUAUUAUAUUUAAUUUACUAUCAGCCUACAGUCUUCUGUGAAUCGACUGGAGCUGGUGUCUGUAAAUGUUUUCAAAUCCGCUCCAUUCAGUUUUAAAACUGCUGUCUGUGAUUUUUGAUAUCAAAGGGACGAACCUGGUUAAAGGGAUAUUCCGGCUGAAAUAAAAGUUUUGGUCAAACACAAGACACCCCCUCCAGAGAUUAAUGUUGCGGACCGCUUGCUUCUCUAGUUAUCCCAACUUCAGUAAUGACCGCACAAUAGCAAUACACUGCGGUCUACAUCUCCAUGUGCAAACCUCUAACAAAAAGCCACUCUAUAGCCACAAAUAAUGCUUAGAACAGCACCUAACUUCAUCAACAGGACAUAUAGGGUCCCAGCCAUAGUACUAGACACCAAACAUUUUUUAACUUUGCCUGAUUUCUUUAGCAAAAAGAUUAAAAACAUCUCACCUACUCUCUUCCAGCAGCCAUUUGUUUGUGGGGGAGCCCUGAAAAGUCGAUCACUGAGUGCAGUGGAGUUUCGCAGCUCAAGGAAGAAAAUUUAUGAUUAUUACUUCUUGGAAAAGCAAUCAGACCGAGACACUAAGGCAGAAAAACUGCUGCGUCUGCAGUGCAAAAUGAUUAUUAUGAUGAUUUUUACUUCAUGGAAAUGAUCCACUACACUUGGUGAUCGACUCCUCAGGGCUCCCCCAUAAACAAGCGGCUGCUGGAGGAGAGUGGGUGAGUUGUGUCUCUUGGUUGGUAUAACUAGAGAAGCAAGCAGUCGGCAACAUUCAUCUCUGGACAGGGUCUCUAACUCGUUGUUACGGUGUGUAACUUGAAUUCACGCCAGAAUAUCCCUUUAAUAGAGCCAAAUGUUUUGCAGAUUUCAGGCUCUACAGGUGUUUACACACACUCAGUUACAUAAUAACCAUUAAGUUUAUAUCAUUAAAAAGGGGCAGACCACAUUAAGAGAUUAACUGUAGACUAGCCCCAAAGCUAUGAAACCAGACCUCACCACAGUCACCUUACCCUCACUAACCGCCCCUCCCCCUCUGUCUUUAUCUGCUUUGUCUCCUCCACAGAUAUUAGCUUACCUAAAUCUGCAACAAUAUGCUACACAGCAGCGUUGCUCAAAGCCAGGGCGGUUUCGGACAAGUGAGUAUCUCCUUCCACCGCCUUCAAUACUCCACAUACCUGUUAAAGCUGAAAACAGCCCGAGGAGCCGUUCAGAGUGAAUGAGGGGAAAAGAGAGCUGAGCGCCGGUGUGUUUCCAGCAGCCGUUCAGAGCUGCCUUCAGGGUUGAUGAUUGUUAUUGUGAAGAGUGAGUGUUUCUGCUCCGCCGCAGCCCUGUGGUCGCUCACCCAGAGGUGCAGAUGUAACCUUCUCAUAGCUAUUGACUGUUUCAAUAAGGCAGGAAUGAUAAUUAUGAAAAUGGAUUAUAUUUGAUCUUAAUUUAACUUGUUCAAAUGACAUGUAUCAUAAAAAGGCAUCAAUAUGAAUUUCAGUCUGUUCACAAGUGAGGUAAAGGAUGGGAGGACACUGGCAGAUAAAAGCCUCGUGUCAUACCCAGUUUAUCUUUUAUUUCACUUAGCGCCCAGACAGUUCAUAAAGCUUGGAUGAAAGUUAAGAAAACUGAGCGACAGAGCGAGAGAAGCAGGUUAAAUUUCAGUCUGAGGAGGUGGAAAUAGGUUUCAAACUUAUUUAUAUGCAACAGUAAAUCAGUUUGACGCUUUCGAAGGCACCAUUUGAAUAUUUUAGCAGAGGAAUUUAACCUGCACCGACACUCUAAUGUGUUUUUUAAUUGAAUUAAUCUGGAAACUCUCACCUCGGUGUUUUAAAUCUGUGGGGAUUUGGAGUGAAGAGCUCACACAGAGCAGGUGGUUUUUAUUUCAACAUGUGACUGAAUCUACCCAAAACCCUCUGGAGAUGUUUUCAAAACCACUUUGAUCACGCAGGGAUGUGUAAUCUCAAUUCAGAUUACCAACAUGAGUGUUUUGUGCGUGUUUGUCCGUGUGUGUGUACAGAUUCUCUCCAGAAGCAGCAUCCAGGCGAGGGCUGAGCACAGCAGAGAUGAACGCAGUAGAAGCCAUCCACAGAGCGGUGGAGUUCAACCCUCACGUCCCCAAAGUGAGAGUCAGAUUCACGCCACAGGACACUCAAACACACACACACACACACUCUACACACCUGCAGAGGUCAUGUUGUGUGUUCUCUAAAAAAGCAGCAGUAAGCCUGUAGAGCUGUUCAUCUCAAAUAUGAUUGGCUGUAACUUCACGAGUCUGUUUCUGCUUCAUUUGUGAGACUCACACUUCCUAUUUCAAACAAUCCAAACUAUCAUCACCAAAACUUAAUCUUUAGAUCCUUGUAAUGAGCAUUAAUUAUAUUUAAUAAGACUUAUAAGGUAUUUAUGAACACUUAUUAGUGGUAACAAGAGCUUGACUAACAUAUAUUAUUGUUCAUCCUACAUCUGCACUUAAAGAGUAAAAGAUUUGUUCAUUUUUAUUCGACCCCUUCACACUAGAUCCAGUCGAUGCAAAGGAGUGUUGUUAGUAUUUAUUUAGAGGAAGAUGAAAGCUUUAUUAAUCCUUACAAGGCCUUAAUCAUGACCUUUUUGUUGUCUUUUUAAUGUUAAAUCAAAUAAUUUAAUUAUUGUUUUUGAGGACUUUGUAAUAAAGAAUAAAUGUUACACUUACAAUAAAGGCUCAUGCAGUUCUGUAAAUGUUGAUAAACAUCAUAUUUAAAUGUUAAAAUUGACUUUACUGUUAUUAUAAUUAAAAUGUGUUACAAGCUCAUGAUAAGAAUGGUUAUUAAUCUAUAAAUAACUCUUUUAUUAGAGGCUAAAUAAUGUUAAUGAACUCAUGAUAUGAUAUUUACAAAAGUGUACAAACUGUAAACACGUUUCUUACGAGAUUACAUGUGUAUUAUAAGCAAAAUAAAUGCGUUAAUUUUGCUUUUAUUAACACUAAACUCUUCUAACGUCUUAAAAGUGGAUUAUUAACAAUUAAUUCAAGUCAGUCACACAGAAUUUAUUAUGAAGUGUUACCUUUAGUUCUGAUGUAAAGCACAAAAAUCAAACUUUUAUGUCCGAAAGAAGAAAUGGAGAGAUUCAAUAUUUAAGAGAAAAAGAGAAAACUCUCAGUCUCUCUGUAGCUGUUUGAGGAUGUAGAUCAGUCACAUAAACCUACGUAUAAAUGCUAAUAUCAGACAUCCGUCUUCCUUCUCUUCUAUGGUUCGUAUAUAAUUUAUUUCCUCUAAAAUCCAUGUCACCAUGUGAAUGAAAAGCCUCCACCUUCAGAGCUGCGAUCUGCUUCCUGAAAACGUUUGAUUCAUAAAUCACAGAGCCAGCGAUCGCAUAUGUCUUUUAUUGUUUUGUACUUGGUUUUAUUUGGUGGAUUUUGGCCGUUUUUCCCUCGGAGCUGAUAUCAGGCUGAACCAGACUGUGGAGAUGAGUCUGUAAGUGCAAAAAUAGGAACCAAAUGGACUGUAAAAGAAAGCACUUUAUUUUAUUAGGCUCUAACAUUUCCAGUCUUUGUGCUCCAGUUGGAUUAUAUUCCUCUGAGUUGACACUUUAGUUGGAUAAUGAGCGUUCAUUCAGACGUGGUUUCUUUUCUACUCUCAGCUCAUUCACUGUUAAUGUCAGAUUCAGACUGACUGUAGUCACUCAACACCUUUUUUUUAUCCUCUUCCUCACCUUUGUUCCCCCUCUCCUCCUCCUCCUCCUCCUCCUCCUCAGUAUCUGCUGGAGAUGAAGAGUCUGAUUCUUCCUCCAGAACACAUCCUGAAGAGAGGAGACAGCGAGGCCAUCGCCUACGCCUUCUUCCACCUGCAGCACUGGAAAAGGGUAGAGGGAGCGCUCAACCUGCUGCACUGCACCUGGGAGGGCAGUGAGUACACACACACACACACACACACACACACACACACGGUUCAGAAGAAAACAGUCAUUUCCACGCUGGAGGAUUCGAUACAAACAGUAAAUAUUGAACGAUGAAGAAUCUGUUUUCUGUGUUUUCAGCAUUCAGAAUGAUCCCGUAUCCUCUGGAGAAGGGUCACCUGUUCUACCCUUACCCCAUCUGCACAGAGACAGCCGACAGAGAGCUGCUACCCAGUAAGAGACGUCCCGACAUGAUGCACAUUCUCAGACAGUCAAUCUGUUCAUCAAAACUGUGUCCUAGCUUGUAGAGCUGGGCAAUAAACCAAAAUUUACUGAUACUGAAAUUUACGACAAUAACCCGUCAUUUUGCCCAUAUCGGUAUAUACGGUGUCAAAAAAAUAAAUAAAUAAAAGUUGGUUUUGGAUGCAUGUAGGUAGACUAUAGUCUCAUGUCCCGUUAAGACGCUGUCCUAUGACAAAGAGGGAUAGACAGAUGAGGAGAUGGAGGACGGUUCAAAAGUUGUAGCGGCUGAAGUAGACGAAGUUAAUGUGGAAGGGGUGAGCAGCUUGUGGAGUAGUUAUCGUUGAUUUAUAGUUAUCGAGGUGAACUGCUCAAUAUUUUGGGAUAUUGAUUUGAGGCCAUAUCGCCCAGCCCUACGAACUUGCAUGCCAGGUCUACCUGCAGUUUCUAGUUGAAGAAGCAGAGCUGAGCAGCAUCCAUUGAGGCGAUUUACCUUAAAGUGACACGUAACUCAUACUUCAACACUUUAAAAAUACAGCACUAUCCCUUUAAUUUUUGAAAUGUCAAUUUACUUUUGUCUCUUAUUAAUUCCUUAGCAUCUUUAAUUCAGUUGAUGUAUCCUUGGAUAGAGCAGGAACCUGAUAAGACAGACUUAGAGAUAACGUUUGAACCGCUUCCUUUCUCUCGAUGUACCUCUGCUCAGUUUAAUCUGCAGCACACAGAUGUGAUGGUAAAAUUAGUCAUUGAUUAUGUCGAAAAUGAGACCAGUCCCUUGACAGAGCUCCAGGCGCAGGCGUGUGUGCAUGUGCAUUUGUGUGUUUUUGUGCGUCUGUGUCGUCCUGCUGUCUGCUCAGCAGCUCGUCUGUCUUCACACAAACAGACCGUCCCUCGAUUAAACUGGCUCGCAGCCAUCAGCAGCUCAGCACACCGUGAGGACAGAGCGUGGAUAUUCACAACCUUGUAUACUACGGCGUGCUGUGAAUGUUCACCAAACGUCAUUUUUACUCCAAAAGACUGAGACGGAUUUAAAGGGAUAUUCCGCUGUAAAUUUAAGUAACUUAUUGGCACUAUAAUCACUUGAAUGAAUAACUUAGAUUGACGCCGGAAUAUCCCAUGACUCGGUGUUUCCUCUGAUAGAGUCUUUCUGAGUUUGGACUGUAUGGAGCUGAAUGUGCGAGGUUACCUGAUCAGACAUGUCUGUGUUACAGCUGGCUCUGUCUGCACUUAGAUGUGUUUAGGUUAUUAUCAUGCAGCUCACACAGAACGAUGCUCUGAUUAUGAUGGAUCAUUUUUGUUUUUCAUGAUUUAUGAGACCAGAAACACAUGAGAUGGAGCUCAAAAGAUGUGUCGGAAAUAAUACCAGGACUCUGCAGAUCUUUGCCACCAAAGUAACAUUGUGUCGUGUGUGUUUGUGUGUGUGUGCGUUUGUGUCUGUCCCGCGUGGAAGCAGUGUUUCACGAGGUGUCAGUCUACCCGAAGAAGGAGCUGCCCUUCUUCAUCCUCUUCACAGCCGGUCUCUGCUCCUUCACCGCCAUGCUGGCUCUGCUCACACACCAGUUUCCUGAACUCAUGGGAGUGUUUGCUAAAGCUGUGAGUACACAAACACACACACACACACACACACACACUAGCUCUAUCUUGUUUUGCAGUGAGAAUGAAGAGAAGUUUGAUUUUGCAUCAAUAUUGCAGUAAAAAUCCCCCCAAAACACGAGUGUUUCUGCGGGUAGAGACCGUCUCGGUUUCUGCUGACCUUUGACCUUUGCUGCAGCUCCAAACUUUCCUCCGUCUCUUCACUUUGCAUAAUGAAGACGUCGGAUCGUAAAAGUUAAACACUCCAUUUCCAUAACAGCCAUGGGAGGAAUGAAUAGAUCCACCAACUCUGACCUUUUCACAUAUGAUUCCUCGCCGUAGCGCACACAUUACUCUGACACUGUUCCUCAUCGAAAAUUUAUGACCCUCUGACCUUUCCUCCACCAGCUCCACCACUUUUAAUCCCUCAGUGUCAGAGCUUCCAGACUAGAAAAUCAUCAUCGGUUUAUUUCCAUGAAUAAAUACCCAUACUUCCGUGUCUCAGCGUCGGAGACAUUCGCCGCUGAAGGCAUUCCUUCUCUUGUCCGCCGACCACAUUUCUUCUCAGCUCUCAGUCUCUUAUUUUUCUGCACAAACACUCCAGUAGUUGUAGCUCUCGGCUUUCCUGGAGUGAAAACAUCCUCGGCAUCUGCUUUUGAGUCGCUCUCAGUAGAAAACAGGUCAACUCUUGAAAUGCGUACCAGUCGAGAUCAAGCAGGAGUGAGACCUCCAAUUACAGCGAUGUCGACACCGAUGGUGCUGCAGGAACUGACUCAGGCAUUUUUAAACUUCCUGCUGGGUUCCUAUGAUAGUAGUAGGAUUGGGUUAGGGUGAGAUGCUUUUACCUCAAAUGACCCUGUUGAGCCUGAAAUAGUGGAUUAUAUAAUCUUAGUUUUGUCUCGUAUUCUUGUUAAGUUUAUCUCAUGCACCAGGCCUGCUCUUUGGGGUUUUGCCGUGACGUUUUUCCCCUCCAUUGUUCCACUCCAAUCCACUUUAUUUAUCUUAAAAAUUAAAAAAAACAAUUAAGUUUAGCAAAGUGCUUCACAGUGCUGUUAAAUAAGUUAAAACACACAAAAUACAAUGUUGUCUGAGACUAAAAUAAAAUAAAAAGGAAUCAUUAAACCACAUAAAAACACUUAAAAAAAAUAAAUAAUGAAGAAAUGAAAUCCAAUAAAAACUCUGUAAGAGCAAAUAAAAAAUCCAACAAAAGAACAGACAGAGACAGAUCGCACAACUCUCAUGCUGGGUUAUAAACCGAGGAGUAAAAAUUAGUUUUCAGGCGGGAUUUAAAAACUGUUACAUACAAAAACAUACAGAGCAUUUAAAAAACAGACUCAAUAGUAAGAGCAACUUUUGUAACUAAUUGACAGAUCCAUUAGCAAGUGUAGUUGGCACUUUCAGCAUGAAAAACGCUGUAAGUGGAAACAGGCCCUUAUUUUUCUGCAGUGUGUUUUCAGGUUUUGCUUAGAAAUGUGUAUUUGACUGCUCAAUCUUGUGGGAGAGACAUCUCUGGAACCCUUUAGGGAUUGUUGGCAGGCUGAACAGGCUGUUCCGGCUCAGAUAUCCAUUUGAGGAUCUAAUAAGAUAUUAGCGAAAGGUUCAAAAGUUGCUGUGAUCACAAAAAUGAUAAUAAGUAGAAGAAGUGCCAAUACUGGAAAGAGAUCGUGCAUUUAAUUUAAGACUGCAGUAUUCUCAAACUUAGUCAAACUUCACUGUGAGACCUGGGGGACGCCCACUCCAAACCCUGGAUUUGCUCGACAACACCACACCAAAGUCUCCUGCAGUGCUGAACACUACAGAGCAGGUGUGCUGUUCUCCCAGCAGCCAGAGGAGGGCGCUUCCUCCCUCUCUGCUCCCUCCUUGCCUGCAGGGCUGGAAUGUGCCUGAGCUCAUUUCUCCCUCCUGAUGCGACACUAUCAGCAGAUGUGAUCUACCUGCAGAGUGCACACACACACACACACACACACACACACACACACUUAUUAUAGGGAGCUUGCUUUUAGUUUUAUAUUCACACUGAUGUUACAAAGUUCAGAUCCCCCAGUACUAAAGAGAGAGGUAGGGUCCUGAUGUUAUGGUGGACUAGGGCUGGGCGAUAAACCGAAAAUUUACCGAGACCAAAAUCUAUGACGUCAUUUUGUUAAUAUAUUCAGUGUAAAAAAAAAUGUCCCGACAUGCACACUCACACACGCAAAGAAAACACAUGAAAAGGUCCAAACGGAUAACUGUUGAAUAUUCGCUUAUUUUCAGUCAUCAGUUUUUUUCUUCUUCACUGUUUGCAUGAAAUCUUGUGAGUCGAUUCGAGACGGUUUUAAUGCGAGACCUUCCUUCAAAUACAAAAAAGGAUGAUCAUCCAAUAUAUUAUAGGAACAUAAAUAAAUAACACCAAGAGGCUCAGACGGUCAAUCUGUUAAUCAAAACUGUGUCGUAGCUUGUAGGGCUGGACGAUAAACCGAAAAUUUACCGAUACUGAAAUUUGCGACAGUAAUGGACGUCAUUUUGCCCAUAAUGGUAUAUUCGGUGUCAAAAAAAUAUAUAAAUAAAAGUUGGUUUUGGAUGUGUGUAGGUAGACUAUGGUCUCAUGUCCCUUUUAAGACACUUUCCUUCAUCAGAGACGUGACUCCACCCCAUCCAGUCCGUAACAAAGAGGGAAAGACAGGUGAGGAGAUGGAGGACGGUUCAAAAGUUGUAGCGACUGAAGUAGACAAAGUUAAUGUGGGAGGGGGUGAGCAGCUUGGGGAGUAGUUAUCGUCCAUUUAUCGUUAUCGAGGUGAACUGAUCAAUAUAUCAUAAUAUAUAUUUGAGGCCAUAUCGCCCAGCCCUAUGACCCUGAGACCCCGAUGGCAUGAGUCUAAACAGGUCUAUUCGUACCUCGGUGCAGCUGUAGUCUAAGCUCCCCUCAUAUGUAGGGGUCUUGUGAUAACAAAUGGUUCCAGAAAGAGCUACACAUCUGCACAAAAUCUGCACAUUGCUGAAUGCAGUGGAUGUCUUCACGCAGGAACACAGUUUGGACCUUUUGAUUUCAGUCAUACUUGUGUCAGCUGUGUCAAUCUUCGGGACAUUUUCCAGACUUGCCUUUAGGGGGCUCCACACAGCAGGACUCCCUGACCUGCUUAAUGAGGCAGAUUCAGAUGCUGGUCUCGCUCAUCCGAGUCGUGCGUCCUCACUUCUUUAGGAUUACGGGACAGUCUUUGGCCGCACACUCAGUUCAAACACAGAGGACACACACACACACACACACACACACACACCUUCACUUUGAAGUGGCCUUUGAAGCCGGAGCAGAGAUGUGAGAUCUGAUGAGUGAGGAAGACUCAUGCAGGUGAAGAGGAGGGUGGCACAGAUAGACUCUCUCUGUCAGGACUUUAAUCUGCCGUCUGACAAAGUGGGAACCUCUGUGACCUGCUGCUGCUCUGCCGGAGCCCCUAUCACCCCCAGCUACCUCUCCUCCUCCUUCUCUUCCUCCCCCCUCUCUUUCACCUUCAGCUCUUCUUCUCUGGUUGUUGCCAAAACAAAACCGAGGACGAGGCCUGACAGUGAGUCCUCCUGUACUCAGGUUUGAAGUACAAAUGCAGAAUUAAUGGAGAGGAGGGGAAAAGUGCAGUGUACUCUAGACCUCGACCCACUUUCAGAGAGGCGGCUUGACUCUUGUUGGUAGAAAAGUGUUUUACUCUCCGAUACAAAGAAUCUGAAAAAUUCAAAAUCUCAGCUGUAGCUCAACAGCUCAUCUGUAAAACCCGUCCGUGUUUUGUCCCCCUGCAGUUCCUCAGCACGCUGUUCGCUCCUCUGAACUUCAUCAUGGAGAAGGUGGAGAGCAUCUUGCCGUCCAGCCUCUGGCACCAGCUCACCCGCAUCUGA